AUGGUGGGCACAGCCCACUCAAUGCAGCUCGUAUCAAAAGGUAUAAAACCAACAAGUAAAAAUAAAGAGAGCAGCAGUGGUAGCGAGGAACAGCCAUUCAAUCCGGUGGCGGUAUGUGGAAAGAGCUCAAUCCACCGGCUGUUGCCAUUUGCUUGGUAAGCUGCCAAAUGCAUCCCCAAUCAGAGGAGGCCUCAUCCUGCGGACAAAUGAUAGAUCAAUAGUUCAGAUAGCUGGGUGAUGGAAAUAACAAAUAACGAUAAAUGCAUAAAUAAUUUGGUGGGAUAUGAUCUUCCAUCUUGGUUUGUGGGGUCUAUGUGUCUAUUUGUCUGGCUGUAAAUCAUUUCGGUUGCCUUAAGAUAAGGCAACUAAUAGAUUUAAUAAAUAAUAAUAAUAAUAAUAGUAAUAGCAUAACCCUUCUUAGGUAUGUUGAGCGUCCUAUUGCUGCCUCUGUCUCUUUCUCUUACCCAGAAAUGGCUGUUAUCUCCAGACACUGUGCUCACCCGAGCCUCUGACAAUACAGAGACAUUCAGGGCAGGAUGUGAGUCAGCUAACAGGCUCCUCUCUCUAAGCAGCCUGACCCAGCAAUGUCCUGCCUGACCCUUCUUCACAAUGCAGGUUAAAUGACAGCUCAGUGGGCUGCGCACAGCCAGCCAGCUGGAAAACGGCCUGCCUCUCUCGCUUCCUUGCCUAUGGAAAUUAACCCCUCCGGAGUUUGCCUCCUCCCGCCCGCCUGCUCUGCCGCGGUCUUGAGGGUGAAGGCAUUGCAAGGUUGCAACAGGCCUCUCUGGAGAGCUCUGCUUUAUAGGCUUAGCUACUGGGACGCGGGUGGCGCUGUGGGUUAAACCACAGAGCCUAGGACUUGCCGAUCAGAAGGUCGGCGGUUCGAAUCCCCGCAAUGAUGGGGUGAGCUCCCGUUGCUCAGUCCCUGCUCCUCCCACCUAGCAGUUCAAAAGCACAUCAAAGUGCAAGUAGAUAAAUAGGUACUGCUCCGGUGGGAAGCUAAACGGCGUUUCCGUGCGCUGCUCUGGUUCGCCAGAAGUGGCUUAGUCAUGCUGGCCACAUGACCCGGAAGCUGUACACCGGCUCCCUUGGCCAGUAAAGCGAGAUGAGUGCCACAACCCCAGAGUCAGUCAUGACUGGACCUAAUGGUCAGGGGUCCCUUUACCUUACUGGGAUCGGCAAGAUUUAUUCAGACAUACAGUUCACGAAAUUUUCGCCUUACAAAAUGCACAAGUGCUGUGUAUGUUGUCAGAAGACAUAUGAUCUUGGAGACAAAUAAUAGGUAUUAUUAUUAACAAGCCCUGCUUGUUCUGCUUGCCAACCCCAUUCUCAUUUCCCCUCACACUUUAAGGUCUUUCCUGAAAAGGUUAGGAGUUCUCUUCUUCAAGCAUUUGGCACAACAACCACUCGCCUCUUAGAGACCUGGUUGCAACUGAGUCGAACAGUAUCCCAUCAGUUCUUCACUCCGAAAGCAGGGAAAGAGGUUCAACUGUAGUUGGGGCACAUGCUUCAUGAGGGCUUUCAAAAAGAAAAGGAAAACUUGUAUUCAGAAGCAUUAAUGCCUGAACAUAGCCGCUGUGGCUAAUAGCCAUCAUUAGCCCUCUCCUUCUCUGUGAUUUUUUAAAAAUCCUCUUUGAAAGCCACCCAAUUUUGUGGUCAUCGCUGCGUCUUGUGGCAGCGAGUUCCAAAGUUUAACCGUGCGCUGUGUGACAAAGGACUUUCUUUUCUCUCUCCUGAAUCUUCCAGCAUCCAGCUUCGUGCUCGCCAAUUCUAGUGUGAUAAGAGACGGGCAGAAACUUUUCCCUAGCUGCUCUCUCCAAUCGAGGAAAAUGCGAAGCAUGGGCAUUAACACAGGCGCCCUCUGAAGAAGGGGCAUGGCUGAGGAAUUGGUGUGGCCUGAGGGGCACCGGGGGCCAGCUAGAGAAGACUGGGGGUCCACAUUUGACCUUGAGGUGCCCCACCCCAUUGGGGAAACUUGUAGCAAUUGUUAUUUUCCAUGCAACUUUUCCUACAUAGCAAAUCAGCAGUGGCUUACACAGCGGACUGGUUUUCUUUAAAUGCCUUCCAUUGUUUUGCAACACACACACAAACAUGCUCUCUUCUUCCCCCUCCAUUCCAGUCUCAUUUCCCUCAGUGCUAAAGGGCCUUGUCCAUCUCUGACAGACCCUCCAGGCAUCCAAAGAUCCCACGCCAAUACGGUCGUCAUCCGGAGAGCUGAGCUCCACCGAGCCCGGCCUGAUCCUUAUCUAAAAUCAAUGGCCAAUAAGGUGGAAAGAAUGGAGACGUGGGAGAGUUUGCUUUGCGGCUGCCCAGCACCAUCCUGCCCCAUCCGAGCGGGGACCCUCCGGACGGUGCCUUUCCUGGGGGCUGAAAAGAGAGCAGAUUAGCGCAUUAGCCACAGAGAUCUGCCUCCAGAGCUCUGGCCAGGACCAUGGUGACCUCAGCAGCCAUCCGGGAGUCAAUGAGUCACCCGAGGUGAAAGACCAGGAACCACCGCUGCUGUCGUUGACGUGGGGAGGAAAGGAUGGGCACUUCUGCAAUGGCACUGAAAUAUACGCAGAGUCAAGAGUGGAUUUCUUGCUCUUUAUUCAUCUCAUAGUGGUGAGGAGGAAUGAAAGUUUCCCCAAAGUAUCUGCUUAUAUACAUUAUUUACACAAUGGGCUGCAUGUGAUUGGCUAAUUCCGGAAUUCUCCUGUAGGCCAAUCAGGUUGUGGAUUCACUUCCAUCUGGAGCUGGAUUGGCUGGCUCCUGCAGACCAAUCAUAGUGCUGCAUUGUUCUAGGACCAAUCAGACUGCUGCAUUCUGAAUCCUAUUGUUCUAGGACCAAUCAGACUGCUGCAUUUUGGAUCCUAUUCAACUCAGUACAUAACAGGCACCUUCUUGCACAAAGAUGGAGGUAAUAAUAAUAAUAAUAAUAAUAAUAAUAAUAAUAAUAAUAAUUUAUUUGUACCCCGCCCAUCUGGCUGGGUUUCCCCAGCCCCUCUGGGCGGCUUCCACAGAAACCAAAAAUACACUAAAAUAUCACACAUUAAAAACUUCCCUGAACAGGGCUGCCUUAAGAUGUCUUCUGAAUGUCAUCUGAUGGGAGGGCGUUCCACAGGGCGGGAGCCACCACCAAGAAGGCCCUCUGCCUGGUUCCCUGUAGCUUUGCUUCUCGCAGUGAGGGAACCGCCAGAGGGCCCUCGGAGCUGGACCUCAGUGUCCGGGCAGAACGAUGGAGGUGGAGAUGCUCCUUCAGGUAUACUGGGCCUUUGAGGCCGUUUAGGACUUUAAAGGUCAGCACCAACACUUUGAAUUGUGCUCGGAAACAUACAGUAUAGAUUUCGAACAGUGGUUUGCAGAGGGGCAUAGUUCAUAAGGCAGAAGCUGGGAAAUACUGGAUGGGGAACAGCUAGCAGAAGAAACACUAGAAGAGAGAAACUGAACAGUUUAAUAGUCUCUGGACAGCAUUCACACACACACACCCGUCUCCAAAGACACGGAGAGCUCAGAAAGUGUUAGAACAGAAAGCGCAGAGGCUACAAACUCAGAUUACAAGACGUAGGAGGGAGGUAAAUUACUAGGGACGGAAGGGGGGGUAAAGGUAAAGGGACCCCUGACCAUUAGGUCCAGUCGCGGCCGACUCUGGGGUUGCGGCGCUCAUCUCGCUUUAUUGGCCGAGGGAGCCGGCGUACAGCUUCCGACAGCGGCGUAGCGUGGGUUGUCAGCACCCGGGGCAAGGCAAGUAAUUUGCACCCCCUAACCCGGAGCAAGACAAGUAAUUUGCGCCCCCUAACCCGUAACCUGCCGCCGCUGCCAGCUUCUUCUUGCUGCUGCCUGGUCUGGUCUGGUGUGGUUCUCUCCCGCGCUCAGCGCUACGCUGGGCGGCCGCUGCACUGUCCCUCCCCCAGAUAGUCCCUAACUCUCUCUCCGCACCGCACGCCUGGCACCCACCCCCUCCACAGUGCGGUUCGGAUUGGAUUCACACAGCCAGCACUGCAGUGAGAGAGAGAGAGUGAGUGAGCCAGGUAGGGGCAGAGAGCUGCGAGUGCGAGCGCGCCCCCCCGAUGUUGCGCCCGGUGCGGCCGGCCCCCCCUGCACUCCCCACGCUACGCCACUGGCUUCCGAGUCAUGUGGCCAGCAGGACUAAGCCGCUUCUGGCGAACCAGAGCAGCGCAUGGAAUCAUAGAAUCAUAAAAUCAUAGAAUCAUAGAGUUGGAAGAGACCACAAGGGCCAUUGAGUCCAACCCCCUGCCAAGCAGGAAACACCAUCAGAGCACUCCUGACAUAUGGUUGUCAAGCCUCUGCUUAAAGACCUCCAAAGAAGGAGACUCCACCACACUCCUUGGCAGCAAAUUCCACUGUCGAGUAGCUCUUAAAAAACGCCGUUUUUUAAGCUCUUAAAAAACAGCUCUGGAAAUGCUGUUUACCUUCCUGCCAGAGCGGUACCUAUUUAUCUACUUGCACUUUGACGUGCUUUCAAACUGCUAGGUUGGCAGGAGCAGGGACCGAGGAAUGGGAGCUCACCCCGUUGCGGGGAUUCGAACCGCCGACCUUCUGAUCGGCAAGCCCUAGACUCUGUGGUUUAACCCACAGCGCUACCCGCAUCCCUAUUAAAAUGCACUCAAGGAGGGUUCAGAACAAGGCCAGGGAGGGGGUUGACCUUGGGAGGAGGCAUGGCCUAAUGACAGUCUCAGGGGCCGAACAGAGAGGCAUUGGAGGGCCGCAUUCAUCCUCGCUCCUGCUUUAAAAAGAAUCGGGAGUUCAGCUCAAAUCCUCGGCUGCCUCUCCCUCUCCCAUUUUCUCUCCGUCUCCUCUUGAACCCGUCAAGACCCGACAGCUUCUUUCUCCAGUGGGGAGUCCAUUGUGGGGUAAUUGAACGGCGAUUGAUUGCCACGCAAGUGCUCUUUUUGUUCCCGGGAUUAAUGGGAGGAGGGGAGAUAAAUUUAGCCUCCACUAAUUAACCCCAAUUACAGAAGCGAUAGAUUAGAGGCCGUACCUAACUGAGGCUGGCUCUCCCCACACCGGCGGGCGACCCCAGCAGACCUAAGAAAGCUGCCCUCAGAUGACAAACGCCACAAAAUGGCGUUUCCUGUCGAGGAGCAAGUGCUUCCCGGACGAAGGAGGCAACCGCUGAUUUCAGCACAGCGAAAUAAAUUCAGGGCAACUCUAACCUCCCUUUGAAAUUGUCCCUCCAAAAUAUUAUGCAACAUUCCCCCUUAGAAAUGCUGCUGCAAACCCUCCAAAAUUUCUCCAGUGAAAAUAGGGGUGUCCUAUAUUAUUAUUAUUAUUAUUAUUAUUAUUAUUAUUAUUAUUAUUGCACCCAUUUGACUGGAUUGCCUCAGACACUCUGGGCGGCUUCCAGCCUAUAAAACAUUAUACAUUAAAAAGCUUCCCUACACAGGGCCGCCUUCAGAUGUCUUCUAGAGAUUGUAUAGUUACUUAUCUCCCUGGCUCGGGGGUUGGAUAACGCCAUACCCUCCAUAUCCCCCAAAGGUCAUCUAGCCCAACCCCCGACUUAGGGCCCUCGUAGUUACGGGACCGCCUCUCCUGGUCUGCCCUGCAGAGAACCUUAACGUCCAUGAAUAACCAUAGUUUAGAGGUCCCGGGCCCUAAGGAAGUCAGACUAUCCUUCACCAGGGCCAGGGCCUUCUCAGUGAUGGCUCCGACCUGGUGGAAUGCUCUGUCCCACGAGACUAGGGCCCUUCAAGAUUUAACCUCCUUCCGUUGGGCCGGUAAGACAGAGCUAUUCCGCCUGUCCUUAAUUUGAAUUCAGCCUGAUCUUUCAUUUCCCUUCUCUUCCCUCCCCCUCCCCUUUUAUGAAGAUCACCCGCUCUGAGACCCCACAGCUAAUUCUCCCCUGGUCUCCUCGCUGGCCCAGGUAGGACCAAUUUAGCCAGCUAGCCCUGAGGGGAAAUGCUUAUUUCCUUUAAAUUGAUUUUUGAAUUUUAUUGUUAUUCAUGUUUUUAUACUGUAUUUUAUGCUGCUUUUAUAAUUACGUGUUUUAAAUUUAUUGUUAGCCACCCUGAGCCCGGUUUUUGAACCGGGAAGGGCGGGGUAUAAAUAAAAAUUUAUUAUUAUUAUUAAAGCAGGAAUCACAACUGAUGGAUGCCCGACAGACGGCCACUCAACCUCUGCUUAUAAACCUCCAAGGCAGGAGAAGCCAGUAAGCUAGCAAAAAUGUGUAGAACAAGUACAAAUACUUGCUGGAAAUGUAAAGAAAAAGAGGGUACAUUUUAUUACCGUAUUUUUCGCCCCAUAGGACGCACUUUCCCCCCUCCAAAAAUAAAGGGGGAAAGUGUGUGCGUCCUUUGCGGCGAAUGCAGGCUUUCGCUGAAGCCUGGGGAGCGAGAGGGGUCGGUGCGCACCGACCCCUCUUGCUCUCCAGGCUUCGCGCGGCUCUCCGCAAGGCGCGGGAGCCCGGCACCGGGCUCCCACGGCUUGCGGAGAGUUGCCUGUUCUGGGGGCUGGGGUCGGGGGAAGCUCGGGCUACCCCCACCCCAGCCCCACGCCUGGGGGGGGAAAUAAUUUUCCCCCCUUUAUUUCCCCCCCAAAAAACUAGGUGCGCCUUAUGGGAUGGUGCGUCCUAUAGGGCGAAAAAUACUGUAUAUGUGGUAGACUUAUAAGGUAUUAAAGGCUUUCUGGGAACUGAUAUAUAAUGAACUGGAAAAAAUGUUUAAAAUAACUUUUGUAAAAAACAAAACAGAAGCCUUCUUAUUAGGAAUUGUAGGUACCGACAUCCCAAAGGAACAGAAAAAUACUCUUCAUGUAUGAGACAACAGCCGCACGAAUGCUAUUAUCCCAGAGAUGGAAAGAAGACAAAGUCCCUACCAGAGAGGAAUGGCAAACCAAGCUGUUAAGACUACUCCGAAAUGGCAAAACUGACCGGAAAGCUCAGGGACCAAGAAUUCAAAAACUUCAAGAAAGAAUGGGGGGCGGGGAUUAUAAUUUACUUAGGAGACCACUGUAAGCAGAUGAAAACAUUAGCAGGAUUUUAAUCUCAUUUGUAAUGUAACAAAUACUAUGGACAAUAUAAAUAAAAAAACAAAAGAGAAGUUGCUGAAUUAUAACUUAUUACUAAACUGAAAACUAUGGAGAGACUUGGUCUGAAUAGAGAUAUUGGAUUCUUGUCUCAUUACACAUGCAAAAGCUAUUUUUGGUCAUCUGCAUAUGAUCCCAUGCUUUUUCCUGUAGGACUAAUUGCAGUCAUUAACAGUCAUCAAAAGGUUUACCAUACCCAUUGAGUCAAUCACCCAUCUCCUACUACCCUUCUCAGAAAACCCCCACCUCACCCUCCCACUAUAUAUAAGGGUCUGGUGACUUCUGUUUCAGAGUAUCUGAAAAAGUGUGCCUGCACACAAAAGCUUAUACCCAGAACAAACUUAGUUGGUCUCUAAAAUGCUACUGGACAAUUGACUGUGUCAGACCAACAUGGCUACCUACCCGAAUCUAUGGAAAAUAUGGAUAGAUAUAAAAUAUAUUGUUGUUGUUGUUGUUUAGUCAUUUAGUCGUGUCCGAUUCUUCGUGACCAGAGCACGCCAGGCCCUCCUGUCUUCCACUGCAUCCCGCAGUUUGAUGAAACUGAUGUUCGUAGCUUCGAGAACACUAUCCAACCAUCUCGUCCUCUGUCAUCCCCUUCUCCUCGUGCCCUCCAUCUUUCCCAACAUCAGGGUCUUUUCCAGGGAGUCUUCUCUUCUCAUGAGGUGGCCAAAAUCUUGGAGCCUCAGCUUCACGAUCUGUUCUUCCAGUGAGCACUCAGGGCUGAUUUCCUUAAGAAUGGAUAGGUUGGAUCUUCUUGCAGUCCAUGGGACUCUCAAGAGUCUCCUCCAGCACCAGAAUUCAAAAGCAUCAAUUCUUCAGCAAUCAGCCUUCUUUAUGGUCCUUCUCUCACUUCCAUACAUCACUACUGGGAAAACCAUAGCUUUAACUAUACGGACCUUUGUUUUAAAAUAAUAUUUAUUAGUAAUUUUCAGAAUUAUAAGAAGAAGAAAAAAACAUUUAAAAACAACACUAUAAUAGACAAAAAGAAAAGAAAAAACACAAAAACCAAUACAACAAUACAACAAAAAGAUAAAAAGAAAAAAGAAAACAACACAAAUCCCAAAUUACAUAUCUAAAACUUCCAUUUGCUUGUUUCAUUGACUUCCUCACACCUCCCUUUUUGUAUUCUAGUUUAAUUAGUUAUUUCAGCAAAUUCUUUCCAUCUUUCUCAGUUUUUGUUAAAAAAUUUAUCCUAACCUAAUUUAAUCUAAUAAUUAACUCAACAAAUCCUUUCCAUCUUUCCCCAUAUUCUAUUAUUCACAUUACCUUAAUUAAUUUAACCUUAUCUUACCCUAAAACACCUUAAAGCUUGAAUCUUAGUUUUCAAGUAUACAUUACUCCUGAUAUCAUUUCUGCUAAAGUCAUAUAGUUUCAUUCCAACAUUUUCCCUAAUAUUCAUUAAUUUUUAGCCAAUUCCCCAAAUAGAAAAUUUUCUUUAUAAAUUUUCUUCCAAUCUUCAUCCAACGUCCCUUCUUCCUGGUCUCGGAUCGUGUCAGUCCUUACUGUCCAUUCCAUCUAGUCCAUCAACCUGAAAGCCUUAUGUCCGAGGCCCUUAAGUCUCUUCCAUGUCCCUUCUGCAGUUCUUCUUCUUCUUGUUUAUACUUGCCCCUUUCCUUGUCUUUUGUUGGUCUCUUUCUUAGUUUCUUUCCUUUCUCAUUGAGGGGUAGGCCUCUGGGGGGCUCCAAGCCAGAAUUGUCUCCAUCUCCCUUCAUCAAGCCCGCCCAUUCCCCACAGUUCCACUCCCCACAGUCCUCAAUAUAGUCCAAAAAGUAUUUAAAAGCAUAUUCCAAGGUCUCUCCAACGUUGGGAACCUCCUCAACUCCAGACUCCCCCUGGCCCACUCCAACUUCAAUCUUCAAUGACAGCGGCUCAUACACCUAUAGGGCCUCGGGACUCUCCAUUUGUAUUAUUUGGGUUGUAACCGCAUCCUCCUCCAUUAUCUUCUGCACUUGCCCAGUCAGUACAGAUUCAUGAGUUGGUCCCUGAAUAAUUUCUGUAUCAAUAUUCCCUAUUUGCCCACAGUUAUUAACCACAACAGUCAAAUCCAUUUUCUCAUUCAUCAAGUCCAUCUUCUCAUGCAUCUGUUCCAGCAGGGCACUUGUCUUGCAUAAGGCAAGCACCCAGUCUUCCUCCCAGCUCAUCUUUAGUCAAGGUCAAAAAAGCCUGUCCCCCGGUCUUAAUCUCACAUCUGUUGAGCCCUCAAAUGUACUGCAGCAACAAUUUGACAAGCUCCCUCUAGAAGAGGCAAUUUCUAUUUGUAUCCAUUUUUUUAGGCAAGUCCAGCAAAGGAAAAUUACUUUCGUUUUUCAGAUAUUUUUCAGAUAUUUUGUUUCUUUAAGAUGCAAAAGGCAACAUUGGAAUCAGCUUGUUUCUCUUCUUUAGCUAUCUGUCAAAAUAUUCCAUUCACAGUCAAUGAACCUCUCCAACAAUUUCUGUCUCUGACACCCCGUUCCCAGGUUAGAGACGGUGGAAACUUAUCCUUCUUCAUUCCCUCUCCUGCUAGGGUUGAACAAAGUCCCCCCCCCCCUUUUCUCCUGCUUCCAAGGGGGUUUCAGUAAUUUUGAAUGAAGGAAAUUUAGACUUUUUUUACAGCUUUCCAGGCUUUAGCUUACAAAGUUUUUGCUUUAGUCUAUAUACAAAAAGCGGAAGGCGGACUUCCUGUUUUGAACCUUCCCGCUUCGAUACCAAAUUAAGAAAUUUCUUAAUCCAAUUUUCCGUUUCUACUCACAGGUACUUGUUUUAAAUCCAAUUGACCACAGGAAAAAGUCAGCGCUCUCCGGCAAUGGCUGUGCAGCUUCACUCCGUGAAAGUAGCAGUCAGUUCGCAGCACCGCGCUUCUCACCCCACUUCGCUCCGGAGCCCCUAAAUGGGAUUCCCUGCGAGUAGGGGGGCGCUCCUGGUGCCCUGCCGAACCCCACGUUCCCAGGCUUCCUCCGCCUGGGAUUUCUAGUGGGUCCCCACCUUCGCCGUGGCGGGAAGACCCAGUGUCAGGGCUGCCUCAAGUCUCAGCUCACAAAAGACCAACGCCUAUGUCUUCUUAUAUACAAAAGUGUUUAUUGCAGUUCAUUGUUUGCUUGACAUCCUAGGCGCGCAGCCCUACGUCUGCUACGCUUAGACCGCUGAAGUCCCCUCUGAAUCCGUCCCUCCCCUGCACCAAUUUAAGAGGCUUACGCUGCCCCACCUCUUUCUCUCUUUCCUUUUCCGCAGGGUCCUUCUGCCCGCUGGGGUUUCGCCCCUCCUAGAUUCCUCUGAUGCGGAAUCAGACUGCUCUUGCCCCCUCCUGCGGGCUUUGGGACCUGGCCCCUCCUCCGGGCUCCCUGUACUUCCACGCGCCUCUACAUUUGAACUUGGCGCGCACGCCCAGCCUCUAACCUUCCUUUCAACAGCUACACUACUCCCUUCACUGCUCCCCUCCCCUUCCGGGAGGAUGGCUUGCUCCGACCUCCCUCCUUUCUCUGCUGCCGGAGCCGCUUCCCCUGACACACUGAAACCUCCACCCCCUUCGCUGCACUCUGGCGGGGAGGCUGGUCCUGACACCCAGCUGCCACUUUGGGAUGCCCAGCUGGCCCCCUGCUCCUGACACUUCCCCCCUGGGGCUCCCUGGGCUUGACCACCGGCGCCCCUUCUGGGAAUCCUCUGAUUCGCUGGAAAGACUCAUGGAAUCUCUUGAGUCAUUGUCAUCCUCUUCCUCGCUGUCCUGGGAUUCAUCCCCAUCGCUCUCCAUCUCCUGCCUACCCUGUGCCUCUGUCCCAGAACCCCUGACACCCAGUUUCCACGGAGCCCAUUCCUCCGGACGGAGGAACUCCGCCAUUCACCGAUGGCGCUGACCCGGAAGUUAACUAUACGGACCUUUGUUGGCUAGGGGAUGUCUCUGCUUUUUGAGAUGCUGUCUAGGUUUGUCAUUGCUUUUCUCCCAAGAAGCAGGCGUCUUUUAAUUUCGUGGCUGCUGUCACCAUCUGCAGUGAUCAUGGAGCCCAAGAAAGUAAAAUCUCUCACUGCCUCCAUUUCUUCCCCUUCUAUUUGCAAGGAGGUGAUGCGACCAGUAGCCAUGAUCUUCGUUUUUUUGAUGUUGAGCUUCAGACCAUAUUUUGCACUCUCCUCUUUCACCCUCAUUAAAAGUUUCUUUAAUUCCUCCUCACUUUCUGCCAUCAAGGUUGUGUCAUCUGCAUAUCUGAGGUUGUUGAUAUUUCUUCUGGCAAUCUUAAUUCCAGCUUGGGAUUCAUCCAGCCCAGCCUUUCGCAUGAUGAAUUCUGCAGAUAAGUUAAAUAAACAGGGAGACAAUAUACACAGUUGAAAACAUGGACAAUAGGAUCCAUGGAGGGGAUGGAGGGAAGCUUUGAGAUUCAGAGAAAUCUCUCUAUAUGGAUAUGUACUUGGUUUUGUUAUACAUUUAUAUUUGUAAAAUCAAAUGAAAACGAUUAUUAGAAACAAGGAAGGAAGGAAGGAAGGAAGGAAGGAAGGAAGGAAGGAAGGAGAGAGAAUACCCCACCUUCUCCGGUGGUCCUUUCUGUUGUCAAACAAAGUCCUUCCUAACGUUUAGCUGGAAUCUCCUUUUCCGUCAUUUGAAUCUGUUGGUUUGUGCCAGCGCCUUCUGUCGAAGAGCUUGGGUGUAACCUUCGACGCCUCCCUUUCCAGGGAGGCGCAGGUUGCAGCCACAGCAAAGGUGGCAUUUUUCCAUUUCCUCCUGUAUUAAGCAGUUGGUCCCUUACCUUUCUCGCCCUGAUCUGGCCACAGUGAUCCACGCGACGGUCACCUCCAGGCUUGAUUAUUGUAACUCGCUCUGCACGGGGCUGCCCUUGAAGCUGACCCAGAAACUCCAGCGGGUGCAGAAUGCCGCGGCGAGACUCCUUACGGGGUCCUCGCUGCGAGAUCACAUUCACCCGGUGCUAUACCAGCUGCACUGGCUCCUGGUGGAGUACAGGGUCAGGUUUAAGGUGUGAUUUUGACCUUUAAAGCCCUAUGCGGCCUAGGACCACCUCUCCUGGUAUGCUCCACAGAGGACCUUAAGGUCCACACAUGACAACACUUUGGAGGUCCCAAGUGGCAAGGUGGUUAGAUUGGUCUCAACUAGGGCCAGGGCCUUUUCAGCACUGGCCCCGACUUGGUGGAACGCUCUGUCACAAGAGACCAGGGCCCUGCGGGAUUUGACAUCUUUCCGCAGGGCCUGCAAGACAGAGCUGUUCUGCCUGCCCUUUGGUUUGGACUCAGUCUGACCCUUACGUUUCCCUCCUCUUAUGGUUUUGAUCUAUGGGCUACUUUUAAAAUGAGGCUGCAUUUUAAAUUGCAUUUUAACCUGUAUUUUAAAUUGGUCCCCCCCCCAUUAUGUUUUUACUGUAAUUUUACUGGUGUUAGCCGCCCUGAGCCCGGCUCUGGCCGGGGAGGGUGGGGUAUAAAUAAUAAUAAUAAUAAUAAUAAUAAUAAUAAUAAUAAUUAAAGGUAAAGGGAGCCCUGACCAUUAGGUCCAGUUGUGGCUGACUCUGGGGUUGCGGCGCUCAUCUCGCUUUACUGUCCGAGGGAGCCGGCGUACAGCUUCCGGGUCAUGUGGCCAGCAUGACUAAGCCGCUUCUGGCGAACCAGAGCAGCGCAUGGAAACGCCAUUUACCUUCCUGCUGAAGCGGUACCUAUUUAUCUACUUGCACUUGACAUGCUUUUGAACUGCUAGGUGGGCAGGAGCAGGGACCGAGCAACGGGAGCUCACCCCGUCGUGGGGAUUCGAACCGCCGACCUUCUGAUCGGCAAGUCCUAGGCUCUGUGGUUUAACCCACAGCACCACCCGCGUCCCCAGAGAGUAGGACCUGAAUUAUUAUUAUUAUUAUUAUUAUUAUUAUUAUUAUUAUUAUUAUAUUGGUUUAGGUCCUACCCUCUAGAGCAGCAGAAAACAAGCUUGCUCCAUCCUCCAUCUGGCAACCCUUCAGAUAUUUGAAGAUGACCAUGAUAUCCAAUAUCCACAUGAUGGAGAGAACUCUGUCCAGGUCCUUCAGCUCUUCCAAAGGUGCUGUCUCUCCACGCUUUCAACUUCCUGCUCCUCCAGUAAUCCAGAUGAAAUUAUGCUCAGCUAAUGCCAUGGGUAGUACAUAAACUCCCCCUCCCUCCGGUUGAGGGGCCAUCAAUCUGUGGGAUUAUUGAGCCGGGUUUCGGAGUUAGCAAGCGUGUUGAAAAUGCAGCCGCCUUUCUCUUUAUCACUUUCAGAUCGGCCCAUCAGAUAAGAAUCCAUCAGGGCAAGUAAUGGGAGAGGCGUUUCUGAUAGAUGGCCGGCUGGCAGGCGGAUCAAUCCCACGCCAGCAGAGAAAGGCAGCCGAGGCAAGACAGCCUGCCUUCCCUUUGCCUUCAGAGUCCUGGGAAUGGGGGUGUGUGUGGAGACAGUCCUUUCAGUUCGCAGUUAAAGGUGGGCCCACCUUAUUCGCACUGCCGGGAGAAAUUCGAGAACUGGGAAGAAAAGUCAGCAUUCAAAAUUUAGAUUCUCCAGCGCAUUUCUCCAGCCAAGCAAUGACUGCAAAACUGCAAAACUGGGUAAACCGUGGCCCCCACCUCUUUCAUCAGAGGCAGAAUUCACAACAUCUUUACAACAGGGGCUGGCAAUCUUUCUGGGCCACUGAUCGCAUUUGGGAUUUGGAGAAACUGCUGCGGGCACCAGGCACAAAAUGGCAGCUGUGGGGUGUGUUCAUGGGUUCACAGGAGGAGAGGCGGAACCAGUGAGAAAACAGGAACUGGGCAGGAAGAGCAUUUUCUUGUGCACUGUUGCUUUUUGAGAGAAUAUCCACCUGUCCAGGUUCCCAGCUUGAUAACACAGUAAAGGUAAAGGUAAAGGGACGCCUGACCAUUAGGUCCAGUCAUGACCGACUCUGGAGUUGCGGCGCUCAUCUCGCUUUAUUAGACGAGGGAGACGGAAUACAGCUUCCGGGUCAUGUGGCUAGCAUGACUAAGCCACUUCUGGCGAACCAGAGCAGCACACGGAAACGCCGUUUACCUUCCCGCCGGAGCGGUACCUGUUUAUCUACUUGCACUUUGACGUGCUUUUGAACUGCUAGGUUGGCAGGAGCAGGGACCAAGCAAUGGGAGCUCUCCCUGUCGCGGGGAUUCGAACCGCUGACCUUCUGAUCAGCAAGUCCUAGGCUCUGUGGUUUAACCCACAGCGCCACCCGCGUCCUUCACAGUAAGUGUAGGUAAUUAAAAAGGAGGAUUUACUGCAAAAACAAACAUAUAGCUCCGGACGGCUCUAACAAAGUCCAGUCUGGCAUUGCUACUCAAGAUGACCCUUCAGAAGACUUCUUCCGGCGUUGACAGAAGAUAUUGAACUUACGACCCUUACGUCUCUUGUUUUGCUUCCUAUCUAGCAGCCCUCCCAUUCACUGGCUCUUCAGAUUUAGUGGCUCUGCUCCAACCUCUUCCCGUUCUGAGAGGCUAUCUCUGAGACUGUUCGCUUCAUGCAAGCUUUGGCUGUGUUCUAGCCCGCUCUCAGCUACUGCUUUAUCCCCCUGCCCAUAAAGGUCAGGAAGAGCCGAAGUUUGCACCUGCCCACUCUCCCCUGCCUAACGUCCAAGCCUCUCUGUUCCUGGCUGCUUUCUGCAGUUGGCUGCAAACCUUUGCUUGGAGCUGGCUCAUUCCUGACACUACCCUAGCUCUGUUUCUUCAGCCCAAACUGGAUGAGUUGAUUGCGAUGAGAUCUUCUGUCUCUUUACAUUUCGGCAAAUAGCAGCAGCGGUGCAGUACUCAACACUUUCCCCCGUGCCAGUUUGCCCAGUAGCCUUCCUGAAGCCAUUACUCCAGCCCUUUAUGGGAAAAUUGCCUCAACAUUUCAUUUUUGUUGUUGUUGAGUCGAUUAGUCGUCCCCGACCCUUCAUGACCCCCUGGACCAGAGCACGCCAGGCCCUCCUGUCUUCCACUGCCUCCCGCAGUUUGGUCCAACUCAUGCUGGUAGCUUCGAGAACACUGUCCAAUCAUCUCAUCCUCUGUGUCCCCUUCUCCUUGUGCCCUCCAUAUUUCCCAGCAUCAGGGUCUUUUCCAGAGAGUCUUCUCUUCUCAUGAGGGGACCGAAGUAUUGGAGCCUCAGCUUCAGGAUUUGUCCUUCCAGGGAGCACUCAGGGCUGAUUUCCUUCAGAAUGGAGACGUUUGAUCUUCUUGCAGUCCAUGGGACUCUCAAGAGUCUCCUCCAGCACCAGAAUUCAAAAGCAUCAAUUCUUUGGCGAUUGUUUUAGUUUUUCUCAAUGUGGAAAAUAACAGCUAGGGACGGGUCCUAAAGGGGAAAAAAGGCACCAUGGAAGGGUUGACCUCUCUCCCCCCAGUUCCAUCGCCGUCAUCUGCAGCUCUCAGAAUCUGCAACUCAAUCCCUCUUCCUGGGGAACUCUGGGAAUUGUAGCUCUAUGAAGGGACCGUGGGUCUCUUAGCAACUGUCAUCACUAAUAAUAAUAAUAAUAAUAAUAAUAAUAAUUUAUUAUUUGUACCCUGCCCAUCUGGCUGGGUUUCCCCAGCCACUCUGGGUGGCUUCCACAAAGACCAAAAAUGCACUUAUAUGUCAUACAUUAAAAACUUCCCUGAACAGGGCGGCCUUCAGAUGUCUUCUAAAUGUCACGUAGUUGUUUAUCUCUUUGACAUCUGGUGGGAGGGCGUUCCACAGGGCGGGAACCACCACUGAGAAGGCCCUCUGCCUGGUUCCCUGUAACUUGGCUUCUCACAGUGAGGGAACCGCCAGAAGGCCCUCAGAGCUGGACCUCAGUGUCUGGGCUGAACAAGGGGGGUGGAGACACUCCUUCAGAUAUAUUGGACUGAGGCCGUUUAGGGCUUUCAAGGUCAGCACCGACACCUUGAAUGGUGCUCGGAAACAUACUGGGAACCAAUGUAGGUCUUUCAAGACCGGUGCAAUGUGGUCUCGGCAGCCGCCCCCAGUCACCAGCCGCAUUCUGGAUUAGUUGUAGUUUCCAGGUCACCUUCAACGGUAGCCCCUUAACAAACUACAGUUCCCAGGAUUCUUUGGGGGAAGCCAAAGAAAGUGGCAUGACCCUGCUUUCUAUUGGUAGGGCAGCCACCUGUCAUGGAUGCUUCAGUUGAGAAUCCUGCAUUGCAGGGGGUUUGACUAGAUGACUGUGGGGUCCCUUCGAAUUCUACAAUUCUAUGAAAUGUGCAGUGCAAACGGGACUGCUCUUUGGGGUAGGACAGGCACAGAAAUGGGGACCACAUUAACCCCAUGAGCUCCUGGUCCUGUGGAUCCGACCUUGCUCUCAAAUCCAGUCUCUUCAUUCCAGAUUCCCCCGGCUUCCUUUCUCCUUUUAGGACGGGAAGAAAUGCUGUUUUUAUUCCCUCAGUGGCAGAAAAAGAAAUGAUAGUAAAUAAACGAGCAUUUGCCAGAAAGGUAAUAACAGGCCGUGCUCUUGGAAAGAGAAGGAACUGCUGAGCAGGCAGAUAUCCCAGAGAGAGAGAGAGAAAGAGAGAGAAAUUCUCCCAAACUCUUUCCUUCCAGUAAUUCCCACUGAGGGGCAUCAACCACGGUUUUGCGCAGCAGAAACGUGGGGAGGGGGGUGUGACGGGCAACGCUAAUGAAGUUACCGCCAUCGGGCGAUUAGGUUAGCUGAUCCUCUGGGACUGGCCGGCGAGGUGAUGGACGGAAAGAAGAACGGGAACUAAAUUGCAUUUCAUUUCAAUUUGGCCAUAAAUGUGAUGAUUUCGUCAGAUAAGCACAACGAGGGAGGGAGGCGAGGCUGGCAGGGGAAGGAGAUGAGCAGGCCCCAGGCCUACCUAUAAUUCGGGGUCCACGAGAAAGUUGGUCCAAAGGGCGCACACACACACACACACACACACCGAUAAUGAACAGAGGGCACAACGCCGUUCGUGCCAACGGAAUUCGCACUCGUCGCCUCACUUCCAGAAGGAUAUUGCGCAGGAUAUCCAGAAUAUCCUUCUGGAAGAUAAUGAGAAUUAUUAUUUAAGGAUAAUUAAAUGUCAUAUAGAAAUUAAGAAAUGCAUAAUAAGCGAUAAAGAACAGAAAAUCAAUCAUUGAUAGAAGUCUAAAAACAUUGUAUAAGAUGAGAAGUUAUGUUGUAUGACUGUUGGAACUGAUAGGUUAAAAAAUUAAUAAAAUUGUAUUAUUUUUUUAAAAAAAGAAAAAAGUUAUUACUUCUUAAUUUUAUUUUAUUUUAAAUAAAAUAAUAACUUCUCUUCUGUGGUCUCCUCUGUCGCGUGGCCUUCCUCUGGGCCCUGGCCUGCUCUCUUGGAGCGCUAGCCGCCACGGAGUAGGUUCGGGCCAGGCCUGGGCUCAGCCCCAUGUCCUUGCCCUCCUGGUGCUCUCCUAACUCUCUUUCUCAACUGCCGCGGGCAGUGGCGCGGCAAGGUCAGGGCCCCCCUUUUUUUCUCCUUCCUCUUUCUCUCUCUUCCUUCUCCUUCUCCUCUCCUCCUUCUCCCUGCAUCGGCUCCGGGGUUUUCUUGGCCCCGGAGCGCCACUGGGCAGUUGGCUGGGCGCCCGGGCGCUCUCGCUCCCGGCUCAAUUUGGGUCGCGGGGUGUGUGUGUCAGCGGUUCCCCCAGUUGACGGGCCGGGCGUCCCCAGUUCCCCCAGGCAGUGGCAGCGGCAGUCUCAGCAGCCCGGAGCCAGCCUGGUAGCGCAGUUGGCUCUAGCUGGCUUCAGGAGCUGCUCGCUGCCGUGGCGCCCGCCAUUUUGCCUCGCCGGAAGUCCCCAUAUGAUGUGUGUUGUGCCGUUGAACCAAUCAUUCCCUGCUAAUAAAUCUACAAUGUCAAAGCAAUAAACAACUAUUUUGCUUUUAAAAGACAACUGAAGGCAGCCAUCUUUAGGGAAGUUUUUAAUGUCUGAUGCUGUACUGUUUUUAAUAUUCAGUUGGAAGCCGCCCAGAGUGGCUGGGGAAACCCAGCCAGAUGGGCAGGGUAUAAAUAAUAAAUUAUUAUUGUUGUUAUUAUUAAUAUUAUUAUUAUUAUUACAACACUUAAAAUAUAAAUCCGGGGACAUUAAAUGAAAUCCGGGGACAUUCCAGGGACGGAUUUUGUCUGGGGACAAAUUUGUAAAUCUGGGGACUGUCCCCAGGAAAAGAGGACGUCUGGUAACCAUAUUUUUGGGGCUGCACUCUUUGAAUGUGAUGUGGACCCGUGCAAGAGCACAGCACCCCAAAACACACAUCCUUCAGGGCCCUCAAAAGCGAAAUGUCCCAAUUACCAUAUUUUCCACUCCACAAGACACACUUUUUCCCUCCUAAAAAGUAAGGGGAAAUGUCUGUGCAUCUUAUGGAGCGAAUGUGUGGUCCCUGGAGCCAAAUUGCCCAGGGGCAAAAAGCAGAUCGUGCUUUUUUUUUUUUUAGAAAGAGGGAAGGGGGUGUUGAAACAAAGCCGCUGAGCAGCUGAUCAGCAAGCGAUCGGAGGGAGAUAAGGGACGCUAGCAAUAAAGGAGGCUGUCUGGGAGGGGGGAGGUAAAAGCCCAUGGAUCCUCAGGAACCCCAAAUUCACCAUCAGAUCACAUAGCAUGUCCAUGGCUACAGCCUGCACCAAAAAAAAUCAUGCAUCCACUGUUUCCUGGGGCUGCAAUGGCACAAAAAUGUGGUUACAAAGCACGGAUCCACAUGGAUUCUCACAAUUUUUGCAUUGGGCUACCCCAAACUCACUGUCAAAUCAUAUAUCAUGUCUGUGGCCACAACAUGAACCACAAAAAUCAUACAUCCACUGUUUCGUUCAGAAUAUUUUUUUCUUGUUUUCCUCCUCUAAAAACUAGGUGCAUCUUAUGGUCAGGUGAGUCUUAUGGAGCAAAAACUACGGUAAAUCAGGACAGUUGAAGAGCAUGCAGGAUGUUCGACUAGAUGGUUCUUCUUAGGUUUUUAUGUUGAUGGUCCUCACACCAGCAACUUCUCCCAUGUGGACUGUAUGUGAAUACCUGGCCAGGCCUGCUCCUUUCCCAAAUCUCCACCUCCACUUCUACUCCACCAGCUGGCUGACAAUUAGGCCUUCUUGAGAAGAUGCAGGACACUGACUAAGGAGCAUGAGGUGUCGGCAAAGCAGAGCGCCGCAAUCAAAAUGACAUCAUGCUCAUUUGUACGGCUGCAGAUUAUUCAUCGGAAACGGCCAAGGUUUUAUGAAGUGGUUGUAUAUCACCUGAGCUUCGUAGGCUGCUCGUUGGAGGAGUAGAGGAGCGGGAUAUGGAAUAUUGACUCACACCGAGAUUUAUGAGAUGGGAUCACGCCGGUUGGUCAUGUAAAGAGGCAGCGCGGACAGACCUGCCCCGUCUGCUCUGGUUGUCGUGUGGAGUAUCUUCAUAGCAUGCUUCCAACUUAGACACACGCUUAAUUCUCCUAGACCAGAGUAUCACUUUGGUAUACAUGAGGAUGAAAGGGCUUGGGGCUCGGGAGCAGAGCAAAGGUUGGACGGCUAUCUCUUGGGGACUCUUCAGCUGUGAUUCCCAGGGGGGUGGACUAGAUGGCUUUUGGGGGUACCUUCCAAUGGAUUGAGGUUGAAUCCUGACAAGACAGAAGUACUGUUUUUGGGGGACAGGAGGCGGGCGGGUAGUCUCCCUGGUCUUGAAUUGGGCGAGUGUGUCCCUGAAGGACCAGGUGCGCAGCCUGGGAGUCAUUUUGGACUCACAGCUGUCCAUGGAGGCGCAGGUCAAUUCUGUGUCCAGGGCGGCUGUCUACCAGCUCCAUCUGGUGCGCAGGAUGAGACCCUCCCUGCCCACAGACUGUCUCGCCAGAGUGGUGCAUGCUCUGGCUAUCUCCCGCUUGGACUACUGCAAUGCGCUCUACGUGGGGCUACCUUUGAAGGUGACCCGGAAACUACAACUAAUCCAGAAUGCGGCAGCUAGACUGGUGACUGGGAGUGGCCGCCGAGACCACAUAACACCGGUCCUGAAAGACCUACACUGGCUCCCAGUACGUUUCCGAGCACAAUUCAAAGUGUUGGUGCUGAUCUUGAAAGCCCUAAACGGCCUCGGUCCUGUAAACCUAAAGGAGCGUCUCCACCCCCAUCGUUCUGCCCGGACGCCGAGGUCCAGCACAGAGGGCCUUCUGGCGGUUCCCUCAUUGCGAGAAGUGAGGCUACAGGGAACCAGACAGAGGGCCUUCUUGGUGGUGGCGCCCGCCCUGUGGAACGCCCUCCCAUCAGAUAUCAAAGAGAUAAACAACUAGCUGAUAUUUAGAAAACAUCUGAAGGUUUUAAUGUUUGAUGUAUUACUGUAUUUUAAUAUUUGGUUGGAAGCCGCAGAGAGUGGCUGGGGAAGCCCAGCCAGAUGGGCGGGGUAUAAAUAAUAAAGUAUUAUUAUUUUUUUUAUUAUUAUUAUUAUUACUACUACUUGUUGGGGCGAGGUGCCUCGUCCAGGGCGCCAGGACAUUGGUAUUCAGAGAUACUCAGCAUGCACAGCCAUCAUUGUGGAACCGAGGGCAGCUGUAGGAUUUGACCAUAAUAAUGAAAUCAGGGUGUGAUUUAUUUUCAAAACCUCAGAGAGGAAAGUGAUACCUUUUAACAUAAUUUCGACAUGGGAAAUGAGAGAUUAAAAGUGUUCAGGAAGAAAUGAUAGGGUGGGUGCCUUAAAAAAAAAAUUGCCAUAAAUAUAACUCUCCUUGGCAAUAAUUUACUUUUACUUAAUGCAGUAAAGUUUUUACAAGUGUCAUAAUUUACUUUUAACAUAUGCAACGGUCUCUUUUCACUUGUACCUAAUUUAAGUUUAUAUUUCAGAAGUGGCGAGUGAAAACGUUGGGUGCUAUAAUGCUCUAUUGACCCGUUUAAAUUUCUGCUGCUCUAACGGUGCAAACCUAUGCAAGUCUACUCAGAUGUCUUCUUUGGCGAUCCCUCGUAGCCGAGUAAGAUUGUCCUCCAUAAACACGUUUUUAACAACGAGUCUGUAAGUGACUGUGGAGGCCAGUGCUGGAUCCGCACGUCUUUCCACAGUGGGGACAUAGGGGGCAGGAGCUGAUCACACUGUGGAUUUGCCAAGCAUGCCUUCCUCUUAGCACGUUUCUCCCUUACGUCCUGAGUUCGAGUGUCUUCAAAGCCCAUAACACCUUUGGUAAAAGCUGUUCUCCAACUGGAGCGCUCACAGGCAAGUGUUUCCCAGUUGUCAGAGAGCCAGUGUGGUGUAGUGGUUAAGAGCGGUAGUCUCGUAAUCUGGGGAACCGGGUUCGCAUCUCCGCUCCUCCACCUGCAGCUGCUGGGUGACCUUGGGCCAGUCACACUUCUUUGAAGUCUCUCAGCCCCACUCACCUCACAGAGUGUUUGCUGUGGGGGAGGAAGGGAAAGGAGAUUGUUAGCUGCUUUGAGACUCCUGAAGGCGAGUGAAAGGCGGGAUAUCAAAUCCAAACUCUUCUUCUUGUCGGUGUUUAUACUACAUUUUUAAAGAUUUGCCUUGAGACAGCCUUUAAACCUCUUUUGUUGACGCUUUCCAUUUUUAAGUUUGUGGAAUAUGCUCGGAGUUGAGAGUGGAUUUCAUGCUCUUUAUUCCGCCCAUAGUGGUGAGGAGCAACAUUAUUUACACAAUGGGCCCCACGUGAUUGGCUAAUUCCGGGAUUCACCUGUAGGCCAAUCAGGUUGCAGAUUCACUUCCACCUGGAGCUGGAUUGGGUGGCUCCUGUGGAACAAUCAGACUGCUUCAUUCUGGACCCUAUUGUUCUAGGACCAAUCAGACUGCUGCCUUUUGGAUCCUAUUCAACUCAGUACAUAACACCAUUCAGAAUAGAGCAGAUGCUUUGGAAGACGAUCAUCAGGCAUCCGCACAACAUGACCAGUCCAACGAAGCUGAUGUAAGCCCCAUGCAGUCUAACUGGGCUUACUCUCAAGUAAGAAUACAGGAGCAUUUCAUUCAGUCUGCAUUCUUAGGUGAUUUGCACCCCUGAGGUUGCUUCCAGAUGACUUGCAUUGAGCCUUUGAUUUGCUUGCACAAAGUUUGUGGGGAGGUUCUACAGUUUCUGCUCUAUAUUGUGCAAUCGUUCUGGCUUGUUUGCAGGGCAUUUACAUGUCAUGUCACUCAUUCAGAUUCGGAACUUCUCUGAAUUUUGCAAGUUAGGUAGUGGCUAGAAAAAAAUGAAACAAAACACAUUUUAAAAAUGUGUAUUUGAGAAAUACAUACCUUGAAAUAAGGUAUGUAUUCAAAUAUUAUUUUGCCAUAAGAUGCAUAUAUGCAUAUUUAUUUAUUUUAUAUACAGUACCGCCCUAUAACUGGAGGUCUCAGUGUGCAUAUAUAUAUAUGGGGGGGGGGGGAAUCACAUGAAAGAAAUGUGAAUGAUGCGAAAGGAAAAAUAAGUGUUACAAUUAGUCCAAUAAAUGUAAAAUGAUUAACAAGACAUUAUGCUUUUUAUGUUGUAUUUAUCCAUAUACAAUCUGUGUCCAAAAGCAAUCUGUUCAAAUUUUCCUAGAGUUGUCAUAUCUUCUAUCCAGUGAUCAAAGGGAACCAUGGUGUUAACUUUCCAAUUAAUUAAUACCAGUCUUUUAGCAUAAGUAAGGGCGCAGGAGUCCGUUUAUGUUGACCCUUUGUCAAACCCCAUAAUAUUAUUAUAGUAUUAAAAUAAUAUCAUCAUCUGGCCAUUUUAGAUUUCCCCCCAAAAUAGUAUUUAUGCAUUUUAGUACUUUUCUACAAAAUUUUAUGCCAAACAUUGCAUAAACAUAUGUUUCAAAGAAACCUCUCCUUAUUAUAUCUCCAGCAGCUUGUGUUUGUAGAUAGCACCUUUCUAAACAAGUGUACGGGAGUCCAAUAAAUUCUAAAUAUUGAUUUUUGUUGUAUAAGACAUUUUAAAUAUAAAUUUUCACGAGGAUUAAAAAAAAACCAGAUAUUAAUGCAGAGCAAGAAUGGAUUUAUCAAUGAAAAUUGUGGAAGCUGUGGGGGGUCUCUUCCGGAAUGGGGGUCGCUUGGCAAAAGACCAAAUCAAGACUCAGUUGCAAGUUUUCAAGAGACUGAAAUCAAUUCUUUUUGGCGCAAGCAUUGUUCAACCUAAGAGGCCCUUUGACCUCUGACGGUUUAUGAAACCUUCUGUGUCCAAACAGAUGAAAGUCUGAAAGACACAAUAUCUCUCUUGUAUGAAACUCUGGUGGCAGACAAAAAAACAGUCUCUUAUUAGGUUUGACGGCAAAGUGAGAAGAUAAUCUGAAGCAACACAUAACUGACAUGCAAUGGAAAACGCUCCGGUUGAGAACUCCCUUAAAAGCAAUUCCAGCUUGUGACAGAGCAGCAACACUGGAAGUAAUUUAUAGAUAGCACUUCACACCGGUUAAGACAAAUCAAGUGAAUAGUGACCCAUCCAACACCUCUGGGAGAGAUCAUAUUAAGAGGGGAAGUUUCUACCACAUUUGGUGGGGCUGCCCGAUAAUCCAGGUUUUUCUGGCAGCGUGUAUUACAAGAAAUCCUGGCAGUGAGCUGAAGGAAGAGUUCUAUUUAGCUGGCUGCAGCCUCUGGAAGUUCCUGACCAGGACUUGUAAACAGGGGCAUUUGAAAGGGCAUUUUGAGGGUGAGUGCUGUCUCACAGUGCAUGUAGGACCAAAAAACAUGGAGCUGUGGCAAUGACCUGCAACACCUGUGUCACGUUUGACUUCCUGCCUGAGAACAUGCAAAACGACACUUGCAAGCUGGUGGCCUUGCUAGAAAAGAAAGAAUAGCAACUUGAUCUAGGAGUCCUGGUUCCCAGCUUGAUAUCGCAGUAAGUGUAGGUAAUUAAGAAUGAGGAUUAAUUGCAAAACCAAACAGAUAGCUCUGGACGGCUCUAACAAAGCCCCCGGCAUCAUUACUCAAGAUGACCCUUCUGAAGACUCCUUCCGGUGUCUACAGAAUAUAUUGGACUUUUGCACCUUACGUGUCUUGUUUUGCUUCCUGUCUAGCAGCCCUCCCCUUCGCCGACUGUGUGGACUUUUGGGAUCAGCUCCAACCUCUGCCUUUUCAGAGAGGCUGUCUCUUGAGUUUGUUCACUCCAUUUUGUGCUUCCUGCGAGCUUUGGCUGUGUUCACAGCUUGUGGAACAAGCCAUGAUUCAAAAACCAACUUUAUAAAUGAUGAUUUAGGAUCCUGGCUUGUGUAGAAACUGCCCACCAUAGUUUCCUGGUUCAGCAAAACAGGAAACUAUGGUGAGUUAGCAAUCUCUGUUUGGCAUCCAGGUGUGCAACAAAGAGAGCAAAGGAGUUGUGUACAAAACCGAAAGGCUGCUUCAUAUCUGGCUUAUUAAACACAGAUGUAAGAUCAGGCACAGGCAAACCCGGCCCCCCAGAUGUUUUGGGACUACAACUCCCAUCAUCCCUGACCACUGGUCCUGUUAGCUAGGGAUGAUGGGAGUUGUAGUCCCAAAACAUCUGGAGGGCCGAGUUUGCCUGUGCCUGUGUAAGAUCAUCCAAGUGUUGACAUGGGUGCUUAACAACUGCAGUUUAUGAUGGGGCAUUUCUUGGAAGAGUAAAUUUGAGGUUACAGUCUCCCACUGCUGUUUAAAAAUAAAAUUAAAUUUUGCAUACUUUUACAGUACACUGCUUGCACUUCUAUUAUGUUCCUGUUAACAUAAUUUGCAAGGCAUCUUAAGUUUAAAAGGACAAAGUUGGACUACUAAGGAAAAAAGGACAAGUUGCAUGCUGCAAUAAGCCAGGAAGUCUUCAUUUAACUUUCAUUCACUGUUAGGUUCAAACUGGGAAACCGUGGUUACCAAGUUCAGAACACUGGCUGUGUUCUAGCCUGCUCUCAGCUACUGCCUUAUCACCCUGCCCAUCAAGGUGAGGAAGAGCCGAAGUCUGCAGCUGCCGGCUCUCCCCUGCCUGACUAACAUCUAAGUGCUGGCUGCAAACCUGGGAACUGGCUCAUUCCUGGCAGCCACCGAGCAAGAUAAGGAAUUUCUCAAUAGAGCGGAGUUGAGUGUCUUAGAACAGCGAUGCAGGCGGGGUGCACCAUUGAACAGCGACGCAGGCGGAGCACCCAUUGCAGGAGAUGAAUCCCUGGAGGAACAUGACGCACCAAAGCUGAGCUGUCAGGAGCCAUGUGGUGUCACUGGAGCUGCAAAAUCGAUUCCAUGCCGUCACCUCUGAUUUUGGGUCAAAGGAGCAAGUGCAGAAGCUGCAGAUCUCAGGACUCCCUCUGAAGGUGGUGUACUCGCCUUCCUUGAGAGUUUUCCAACAGAGGUUGGGUGGCCAUCUGUCAUGGAUGCUUUUGUUGAGAUUCUUGCAUUGCAGGGGGUUGGACUAGACUCCUGGUAAAGGUAAAGGGACCCCUGACCGUUAGGUCAAGUCGUGGCCGACUCUGGGGUUGCGGCGCUCAUCUCGCUUUAUUGGCAGAGAGGGCCGGCGUACAGCUUCCGGGUCAUGUGGCCAGCAUGACUAAGCCGCUUAUGGUGAACCAGAGCAGCACACAGAAACGUCGUUUACCUUCCCGCUGGAGUGGUACCUAUUUAUCUACUUGCACUUUGAGGUGCUUUUGAACUGCUAGGUUGGCAGGAGCAAGGACCGAGCAACGGGAGCUCACCCCGUCGCAGGGAUUCGAGCCACCGACCUUCUGAUCAGCAAGUCCUAGGCUCUGUGGUUUAACCCUGGGGUCCCUACCAACUCUACAAUUGAAACUGAAAUACUUUAUUGUCACUUGUACAACUUGUAUACAGUGAGAUUACAUGAGCACCCCCCAGUCAGCUCUCUUAGUCUUAAUUCCCCUCGUUUACUGACGCACACCCACCAAACCCAAAAGUCAGUUGCCCUGUUGUUCUCUUUUCAUUCAGCAGCCUAACAGCCCCCGGAUAGAAGCUGUUCUUUACCCUGUUGGUGCGACUAAUCAUGCUUCUGUAUCUUCUGCCCCAGGGCAGGAGAUCAAGAAAGUGCCGGCCAGGGUGUGAAUCAUCCCUGAGAAUUUUCCUCACUCUCCUGAGGCAACGUUCUUCCGCUAUUUCAUCCAGCAGAUUCACGGGACAGCCCAUAAUAUCUUGUGCUGUAUUCACCACCCUCUGUAGGCACUUCCUAUCAGUUGAUGUCAAACCAGCGUCCCACACCGUGAUGCAGUAGGAAAGGACACUUUCUAUUGUGGACCGGUAGAAGGAGAUCAUCAAAUGUUGAUUGACAUCGUUCUUCCGCAAUGCUCUGAGGAGAUGGAGUCUCUGUUGGGCUUUCUUAACCACCUGGGUUGUAUUGAUUUUCCAAGUAAGGUCUUCACUGAGAUAAACUCCUAGGAAUUUGAAGGAAGAGACUCUCUCCACACAGCCCUCCCCUUUAUGUAUUCUAUCUAAUACAUAAAGAUCUGAUACUCUUCUUUCUCACAACAUGAAAUAGCAAGGUACUGGCUUUAUCCCCCAUCAUUGACCUCACAGGGCUGGUGGUCCAAAGUGUGAGAAAUCGCCCUGGCGGGAAAAUUUAACCAAUGUGAGCAGAAUAAAUUGUGUGAAAGUAAAAGACUCGUUCAUUGGCAUUAGGUCCAUAUAGUAAAAGCCAUGGUUUUCCCAGUAGUGAUGUAUGGAAGUGAAAGCUGGACUAUAAAGAAGGCUGAUCGCCGAAGAAUUGAUGCUUUUGAAUUAUGGUGCUGGAGGAGACACUUGAGAGUCCCAUGGACUGCAAGAAGAUCAAACCUCUCCAUUCUGAAGGAAAUCAGCCCUGAGUGCUCACUGGAAGGACAGAUCCUGAAGCUGAGGCUCCAAGACUUUGGCCACCUCAUGAGAAGAGAAGACUCCCAGGAAAAGACCCUGAUGUUGGGAAAGAUGGUAGACGAGAUGGCGGGACAGUGUUCUCGAAGUGACCAGCACGAGUUUGACCAAACUGCAGGAGGCAGUGGAAGACAGGAGGGCCUGGCGUGCUCUGGUCCAUGAGGUCACGAAGAGUCGGACACGACUAAACGACUCAACAACAACAACAUCAGCUCGCCACAUAGAUAGUGAAUCAAACCUGAUCUGACUUAAUGUCCUCUUACGUUGUGUUCACAUGGCAGCAUAUUCUUGUGACUUUUCUCGAACCAAUAAAUGCCACAUUAUGUCCAAGCUUUUACAGGACCUAAAAGUCACUUCUGGAAACAUGGAGGAAUAUAGUGCAAGCUUUAGUGCUCAUUUCUGUGUUGUUUGCUUCCAGAAAGAAAGAAAAAUCUGUCUGAGAAUUCUUCUAGUUAAGUGAUUGAAUACACGCAUUACAAGUAUACGGCCCUAAUUGAUCUGCAUUUAAGGGAUUUCAGGUGGCGAGAGCUGGAAAUGAUAUUUGCCAAAGAUCUGGUAGUGCCACUCUUAAGUGCUGCUGAAAAGAAGCUACAUGAUUUAUGCCUAUUGCAUGUGUGCGUCUACGCAGUCCUGCAUUAUUCCCUCACAACUGGAAGCCUUCAUCUGCCCCAUCUGCAACAAAACAUGUCUCUCCCCUAUCAAUCUCUCCAGCCACAACAGGUGCUGUAACUCUCAAAUGGUUUGAGUUCACCCCCAAAGGCUCACUCCUCCAUUGUCUCCUGAGACAGACGGACGCCAACCAAUAACAGAGUCCCUAAACCGCCACAACACCAAACAUCUCCUCCCUACAGAGUCUCCUUCUUCUCUUCAGGUUGAGGAAUGCACUUAAACGUUUCUAAUUUGUCUUGUUUGGAGAGAGGGCAUCAUUUGGGUUGUGUUUUAUGGGGGCCCAGUUCAUUUUACUUCCUGUAAAUUGUCGCGUUAGUUAUUAGGGUUUCUGGGAAGUUGUAAAUUCACCCUCCUAUCUUCAUCACACAGUUUAUGUUGUUUUACAGUUUCAUUAAUAGGUUCUCUCCUGGCUGGGUUGAUGAAAGUUAUUGACCUAAUCAUAACCUAUUAAUUAUGACAGUAAAUCCCCCCACGAGGAGAAGUUUUACUGUGCAAAUGUUACUUGGAAAAACUGCAAGGUUUAAGCUGGAGCCUCAAGAACUUUAAAUCUAAGUUAAGUUGCUCUCGGUGGAAGGUUGGAGAGGAGAGGUCUGUGGUGAGACAAAUGAGGAUAUGUUCAGAAAGUGAGGUCUACCCAAUAUUUUUCUGUAUAACAAUAUAAAUUUUAAAACUUCAACCGGUUCUGCUUUAUUUUGCCAAGUGAUACCAGAAGCCAGAGUUGCUUAGAGAUGGAGGGCUGGAAAAAACAGUCAUCUUUGGCAAUUCAAUUUUCCCUCAGUAUUGUGUUCCAUCAGACACAUUUCUGCAUCAGCUCGCAAUUGCAAGUCCCUAUAAAAAUCCAGUUGUCUUUGUCCAUGGAGUUUUCUUGGCAGGGAUACUGGAGUGGCUUGCUGGUUCCUGCUCCAGGUGGAUCACGUUUGGUCAAAACUCUCCACUAUGACCUGUCCAACUUGGGUGCCCUGCUCGGCAUAGCUCAUAGGUUCUCUGAGUUAUUCACGCCCCUUCGCCACGGCAAGGCAGUGAUCCAUGAAGGGGAAGACAACUGGAUUUUAUGGUGCUGGAGGAGACUCUUGAGAGUCCCAUGGACUGCAAGAAGAUCAAACCUCUCCAUUCUGAAGGAAAUCAGCCCUGAGUGCUCACUGGAAGGACAGAUCCUGAAGCUGAGGCUCCAAGACUUUGGCCACCUCAUGAGAAGAGAAGACUCCCUGGAAAAGACCCUGAUGUUGGGAAAGAUGGAGGGCACAAGGAGAAGGGGACGACAGAGGAUGAGAUGGUUGGACAGUGUUCUUGAAGCUACCGACAUGAGUUUGACCAAACUGCAGGAGGCAGUGGAAGGCAGGAGUGCAUGGCGUGCUCUGGUCCAGGGGGUCACGAAGAGUCGGACACAACUAAACAACAACACAUGAAAAUCCAGCGGCAUUUUAGUGUGCAUUUUGGCCAAUAUGCAGAUUUCUGCAAGCGGUUUUGCCCGAUAUGCAGAUUUUAUUUUCACCUAUAUAUUUAUUUGUACGAACAUUUCCCCCUAAGAUAUAAUCACUGUCAUCAGCGUUUGUUCAUUUGUACGCUGUCUUUCUGUGGUUAAAAAAAACCACGCUCAAGGUAGCUUACAACAUGAAAAGAUUUAUAUCAUUACAAAAGUAUAACAAAAGCCGUCAUAGGCAAUAAAUGAAAACAUCUCAAUAAGUAUACAAUAAAACUGAACAAUCCCCACAAAAGUCAUAAUAAGAUCUCACGAUAUGGAUGCAAAAAUUAAUCAUUCCAGUAACAUAAAAAUUAAGCAGCCGCAAAAUUAAUUCUUGACCCCAACAAAAAAAAACCUUCAAUAAUACCCAGCUGCAAGAGUCUCUAGGCAUCUUGAGCUGCACGGUCUGCAGAUUUUUCUACAAGGAUGGUCUCUGGCCUCUUCAGCAACCUCAGAUUUUGUAGCUGAAACCAGCCAAGACCCUCCCAGGCCGGUUGGAAAGAGCCUUGCAAGACAGGAAGCAGGUCUUGCAGGACUAACAGCAAAUAUAUAGAAUCACUGAAUUGUAGAGUUGGAGGAGAUACCCAAGGCUCAUCUAGUCAAACCCCUGUAAUGCAAGAAUCACAGCUAAAGAAGUCUACUUCUUUAGACCACUGCAAUGCGCUCUGUGUGGGGCAACCUUUGAAGGUGACCCGGAAACUGCAAUAAAUCCAGAAUGCGGCAGCUAGACUGGUGACUGUGAGCGGCCGCUGGAACCAUAUAACACCAGUCCUGAGCAUAAGGUAAAGGUAAAGGGACCCCUGACCAUUAGGUCCAGUCGCAGACGACUCUGGGGUUGCGACGCUCAUCUCACUUUACUGGCCGAGGGAGCCAGCGUGCAGCUUCCGGGUCAUGUGGCCAGCAUGACUAAGCCACUUCUGGCGAACCAGAGCAGCGCACGGAAACGCCGAUUACCUUCCUGCCAGAGCGGUACCUAUUUAGCUACUUGCACUUUGACGUGCUUUCAAACUGCUAGGUUGGCAGGAGCAGGGACCGAGCAAAGGGAGCUCACCCCGUUACGGGGAUUCGAACCACCAACCUUCCGAUCGGCAAGUCCUAGGCUCUGUGGUUUAACCCACAGCGCCACCCGCGUAAAUUAUUAUUAUUAUUAUUAUUAUUAUUAUUAUUAUUAUUAUUACCAACCUCUGCUUAAAAAGCUCCAAUCCAGGAGAGUCCUCUGCUUUCGAUCAUCCUGGCUAGUAGUCAUCCAUAGCCCUCUCCUCCUCCAUGAAUUUGUCUCAUCGUCUUUUAAACCCAUCCAAGUUGGUCGCCAUCACUGCCUCUUGUGGCAGGGAGUUCCACAGUUGAACUCCGCGCUGUGGGAAGAAGUCCUUGCUUUCCUCUGUCCCGAAUCUUCCAACAUUCACCUACCCUGAGCUUCCAGGACUCACGAGAGAGGGAGUCUUUCCUCUAUCUACUCUCGUUGUGCCAUGCAUCGCCUGCUACUCGCCUUUUCUCCAAGUCAAACAGUCCCAUACGCUUCAACCUUUCUUCACAGGGGACUCAUAGAAUCAUAGACUGGCAGAGUUGGAAGGGACCCUGGGGGUCAUCUAGCCCAACCCCCUCCUUGCAGUGCAGGAAUCUAAGCAAAGACACUUACCGUAUUUUUCUGCCUAUUAGACGCCCCCGUGUAUAAGACACCCCCCUAUUUUGGGAGACUCAGGUUUAAGAAAAUGGGGGGGGGGUAUCUGUGUAUAAGACUGUUAGGAUAUUGAUGUUCCGUUCCACCCACAGGCAUGUGGAGUUGUUGUAUGUCACAUGUCUGUUUACUUCCAGCACAGUCUGCUGGGAACUUCCAUUGUGUAUAGCUUUUGCUUAUGCUUUUUGUUUGGACACGAAGGGGAGAAGACAUGUUUUUCCUUUGUCCUGAUGCUGAAGAAAAUGCUUGCAAAUACGCUUUACACAGCCUCUCUCUGCCCUUCCGUUGAAAAGAGUUCUUAUCUCUGCUGGCUUGUGUGCCCAGCUUCUAAUGGUUUCUGAAGCUCUGGGUCGCAGAUUCAUGCUGCUCCAAGAACCGGAGUUCGCCCGGCCACCGUCGGUGGGCUGGCGCCAACUGGGGACCUGCCAAUUGCCCCUGUUCCCUUGGAUGCAUCGCAACAAAGAUGCCCCCUAAUUUUCGACAUUAUUUUUUAGGGAAAAAACCUAGUCUUUUUUAAAAAAAAAAAUAUUAAUUUUUAUUAAGUUUUCCAUUUUAACAAUCCAAUCAGAUCACAUUAAAUAUUCCAAAUUAUACAAAUACAUAUCAUAUAGUCCAAAUAUUUUGCCAAAUUAUAAAUUUUUGUUGGGGCUUCCCAUGCUUCAAGUUCAGUGGGGUCCAAUCAUCUUAUGUUUCUACUGCCUUGAGUUUCCAAUAGUUCCUUCUUUAAAUCUUCCUGUUGUUAUCCUUCCUUCUUUCAUGGCCUCUGAGUUGUUUCCACAGGCGAGUUGAAGUGAGCAGUAAUAUGCUUCUGUGUGAAGUUUGUAUGACUCUCCUUUUUUUUUGCAGCUGGUAAGUCUAUUGUUUGCAGAAUGUCCUCACACACAUUUAUGUUUAUGCCGAAUCAAUCCAAAAGUCCUUCUCUGGUGGCAGACGCCAUCUUCUCUCAGUUCCGAUGAAAUAAAAUCUAGGCGUUCACUCAUUAAUUUUCUCAGACAGGUUGCAUCAAACAUUAGCCUUUCCAGAGGAGAUUUGCCAAAUCGGACUUGAAGUACAGAUAUAAUAACAAAUUAAGAGCUUGCCUCCCCCAUGACUAUUUGUCUCUGCAACUCGGUCUAUCCCAUAAUGGCGGAUCCCAAUUAAAUAGUGCGUCACAUCACCCUUCCAGAGAGUCUUUUAUCUUCUUCCAAGUAUUUCAAAAAACAAAGGCUUAUUUCACACAGUUUAUAUCUUCCGAUCUCACUUGCUGUAAGUAAUGUAGACGGAUCUUCAGGUGGGGGGUUGUUAGCUAUAGGGGGAAAACCAAGUCUUAAACAAGAAAAAAUACAGUAGUUUUUUGUUGUUGUUGUUGUUAUGCCGCUUUCCCCUCCCUGCACAAUAAUGUCUGAAACUUGUGCUCCUGAACUUCUCUCUCCUUCGCAGGUGCAGGGAAUUCUGCCAAGGACAGAAGCCAACGUAGAGCGAAAGAGGUGGGUAGGGGGGAGGAGGAGGAAGGGAGACCUUGUCCAGGGAGAGAAUAAUCUUCUCCCUGUCUGCUCCCUGUCCCCUGCGCUCAGGGAGCUUGUCACAUGAAGUGUGCAACCUCACAGCACACAGCUGGAGCCGAGACCGCCGGUAGACUAGACUUGCAGAAUGCUCUCCAGACCACAGAAAGCAGGCCGGCAGUGCCAUUAAAAAUGCCCCACCAGGGACAACCUUUCACGGAUGUGUCACCCGGGAACAGCUGCAGCCCACAUCUGGGAACAUCUGGAGGAGUCACUUUCGCUGUCAGGCAGCCUCUCCGUAACUUUUGCAGACAGGGGGAACAUUUUCACAGGUCCCAGGAACCUGCCGACAUCUACACCAUUAAUUUGAUUUUGAAUUGGUUUUAGAAUGAAUUGAUUUUAGAAUGUAUUUCAGUUAAUUGAUUGUGGUUUUAUGUAAACUGUGUUAUUUUUACUGUUGUUAGCCGCCCUGACGGCUGGGGAGGGCAGGAUAAAUAAAAAUUAUUAUUGUUAUUAUUAUUAUUAUUAUUAUUAUUAUUAUUAUUACAGCGCGUCGCCAAGACACUGUCUGCCGUUGCUCCAGAUCUCUGUGCCUCACAGUGAUAAAGAAGAAGAAGAAGAAGAAGAAGAAGAAGAAGAAGAAGAAGAAGAAGAAGAAGAAGAAGGUCACAUUUUACUUAGAACCUCAGGCCCUCCAGGAGGAAACCUAUCUGGCCCUCCAAGAUGCUCUGUUUGGCCCUCGGAAUGCUCCCAAGGCCAUGCCCUUAUCCCGCCCAGCUCUGCACUCCAAAUACCCUCUCACAUCUCAAGUCUCAAAACUGGGGCGCACGUCUUCCCGCCCAUGCUCCCACACAAAUCACGUGACCUGCGAGAGAUCACAGAGCCUGAAAGAUGCACUUUUGGAGGCUCUGCUCACACAGCGCCCCAAAACAUGUGGCCUCAAAAAAAGAUCAUGGCCUCAAAAAAAGUGGGAGUUUUUUUUAGGUGGGGAAGUGCUUUUGGGGGGCGAGAUCUCAGUGCAAAAUCAUGUGAGAUCAUGGCACCCCAAAUUGCCCCCGUGCUCUCGCAUGAGAAAAUUUGAUGUCCCACUUUUCCCAGGACACUUGCGGGAUGUUGUUGUUGUUGUUGUUAUUGUUUAGUCGUUUAGUCAUGUCCGACUCUUCGUGACCCCAUGGACCAGAGCACGCCAGGCACUCCUGUCUUCCACUGCCUCCCGCAGUUUGGUCAAACUCAUGCUGGUCGCUUCGAGAACACUGUCCCACCAUCUCGUCCUCUGUCGUCCCCUUCUCCUUCUGCCCUCCAUCUUUCCCAACAUCAGGGUCUUUUCCAGGGAGUCUUCUCUUCUCAUGAGGUGGCCAAAGUCUUGGAGCCUCAGUCUUGGAGCCUCAGUGAGCACUCAGGCCUGAUUUCCUUCAGAAUGGAGAGGUUGGAUCUUCUUGCAGUCCAUGGGACUCUCAAGAGUCUCCUCCAGCACCAUAAUUCAAAAGCAUCAAUUCUUCGGCGAUCAGCCUUCUUUAUGGUCCAGCUCUUACUUCCAUACAUCACUACUGGGAAAACCAUAGCUUUAACUAUAAGGACCUUUGUUGGCAAGGUGAUGUCUCUGCUUUUUAAGAUGCUGUCUAGGUUUGUCAUUGCUUUUCUCCCCAGAAGCAGGUGUCUUUUAAUUUUGUGACUGCUGUCACCAUCUGCAGUGAUCAUGGAGCCCAAGAAAGUAAAAUCUCUCACUGUCUCCAUUUCUUCCCCUUCUAUUUGCCAGGAGGUGAUGGGCCAUGAUCUUCGUUUUUUUGAUGUUGAGCUUACUUGCGGGAUACACACUCCAAAUGUUUUUCCCUGGCUGCAAAGUGUCCUUGAAUGCGGAUGGCGCCUCUUUUCCUUGACUAAUUUCAGGAUAGCAAAGGCAAUGCAUGCACGGAACCAGCCUACUGCACAAAGGUAAAAUUAACACCCAUUGCCCUGCUCACCGUUGCAAUGUGGCCCUCGGGAAGUUGUCUAGAAUGGAAUGUGGCCCUUGAGCUGAAAAGGCUCACCCAGGACUCCAAUUCUCAUUAUGUUCUUUCGUGUACACUCCUAUUCAUUCUCUCUCUCUCUCUCUCUCUCUCUCUCUCUCUCCCUCUCUCUCUCUUCCUCUCUCUCUCUCUCUCUCUGAUUUAUCCCUCAUGUAACCUUGAGUUUAUUUCACGGUCAGGAAUCUAACCGCUAAAUGUUACGUUACCAGUUUAACCAGCUGAUUUAUCCCCCCUCUCUUCAUGCAUUACUUCACGGCACGGGCUUUAAAUGUUAAUUUUAAUAAUAAAAUUUAUAUGUCUCUGGUGCUUUCUGUGUCUGUGUGUUUGUGUGUGCAGACAUGCGCGUCCGCCAGGGCCAUUAUUUCACAGGAUGAGGGUUUUAAAAUUAAACGUCCUAAUGCCAGCUUAAUUGCCUGAUUUAUAUAGAGGGGUGUCCUGCAACUUUAACCCCUACGUGGAUGAAGAGAGGGUUGGAUGUCCAGGAGGACUCUGGGCAAUGGCUUCAGUUAGGAUAUUUGGGGGUGAUACUAGAGAGGUCAGGAUCCUGCUCCAUGCUCAGACUGUGAACUGUACUGUGGUUUGUGAAGGAAUAUCAGCCCCUCAGGUUUACUUGGCUACUGAAUCCAGGCACACGUCACAAGCCCUGCAGAUCUUUUGGGAUCGGGCAAGCAGUGAUGCAUGAGGAGGAAGAAAAAUAUGGGGCCCUGAAAUGAGUCAUAGAAUUAUAGAGGUGGAAGGGACCCUGAGAAUCAUCUAGUCCAUGAGUAAGGGAGCUGGGCAUGUUUAGCCUGGAGAAGAGGAGGUUAAGGGCUGAUAUGAUAGCCAUGUUCAAAUAUAGAAAAGGAUGUCAGAUAGAGGAGGGAGAAAGGUUGUUUUCUGCUGCUCCAGAGAAGCGGACACGGAGCAAUGGAUCCAAACUACAAGAAAGAAGAUUCCACCUAAACAUUAGGAAGAACUUCCUGACAGUAAGAGCUGUUCGACAGUGGAAUUUGCUGCCAAGGAGUGUGGUGGAGUCUCCUUCUUUGGAGGUCUUUAAGCAGAGGCUUGACAACCAUAUGUCAGGAGUGCUCUGAUGGUGUUUCCUGCUUGGCAGGGGGUUGGACUCGAUGGCCCUUGUGGUCUCUUCCAACUCUAUGGUUCUAUGAUUCUAUGAGUAGGCAACCUAAGGCCCGCGGUUGAAUCCGGCCCAAUCGCCUUCUAAAUCCAGCCCGCAGACGGUCCGGGAAUCAGCAUGUUUUUACAUAAGCAGAAUGUCCCCUUUUAUAUAAAUGCAUCUCUGGGUUAUUUGUGGGGUCUGCCUGGUGUUUUUACAUGAGUAGAAUGUGUCCGUUGUCUUUGUCCAUGGAGUUUUCUUGGCAGGGACACUGGAGUGGCUUGCCGGUUCCUGCUCCAGGUGGAUCACGUUUGGCCAAAACUCUCCACUAUGACCUGUCUAUCUUGGGUGCCCUGCUAGGCAUAGUUCAUAGCUACUCUGAGUUAUUCAAGCCCCUUUGCCACGGCAAGGCAGUGAUCCAUGAAGGAGUGUUGGAGGAGACUCUUGAGAGUCCCAUGGACUGCAAGAAGAUCAAACCUAUCCAUUCCUAAGGAAAUCAGCCAGGAAUGGGGCAGAAAUUCGAUUCUGUUAGGACUCGGAAGCGAAACAAGAGACUGCAAGAAACAUGGACUGCAAGAAGAUCAAACCUCUCCAUUCUGAAGGAAAUCAGCCCUGAGUGCUCACUGGAAAGACAGAUCCUGAAGCUGAGGCUCCAAGACUUUGGCCACCUCAUGAGAAGAGAAGACUCCCUGGAAAAGACCCUGAUGUUGGGAAAGAUGGAGGGCACAAGGAGAAGGGGACGACAGAGGAUGAGAUGGUGGGACAGUGUUCUCAAAGCUACCAGCUUGAGUUUGACCAAACUGCAGGAGGCAGUGGAAGACAGGAGGGCCUGCUGUGCUCUGGUCCAGGGGGUCAUGAAGAGUCGGACACAACUAAACGACUAAACAACAACAAGAAGAAUGUGUCCUUUUAUUUAAAAUGCAUCUCUGGGUUAUUUGUGGCGCAUAGGAAUUCAUUCAUUUACCCCCCAAAAAAUAUAGUCCAGCCCCCCACAAGGUCUGAGGGACAGUGGACCAGCCCCCUGCUGAAAAAGUUUGCUGACUCCUGAUCUAGUCCAAUCACCUUCAAUACAGGAAUUUCAACUAAAGCAUCCAUGACAGAUGGCCAUCCAACCUCUGCUUAAAAACCUUCAAGGAAGGAGAGUCCACAACCUCCCUAGGGAGACCGUUCCACUGUUGACCAGCUCUUACCGUCAGAAAGUUAUUCCUGCUGUUGAGUCAGAAUCUCCUUUCCGGUCAUUUGAAGCCAUAGGUUUGAGUCCUGCCCUCCGGAUCAGCAGAAAAGAAGCUCAUUUUUCUUGUGACGGCCCUUCCGAUAUUUGACGACGACGAGAACAUCAAAGACCUGCUGCCGGACGCGCAAGGGUUAAGAGGUUUUUGGAUUUCCGAAAUCAGGUCAGUAACAGGAAAAGUCCAAGGGUGAGGGUCUCUACGGGAUCAAAGUCCCACCUGCACCUCAGCGACCCUCUUCCUUGUUCUCUUUUUAUAGGCUCUGAAACACUGCCUCUUUGGCCUGGAGAAACCUACUCUUUUUUAAUUGAAAUGGACGUAGGCUAUUGACUAGCUAUCAAAAUUCAUAUCAAUGCAGCACUUCAUUUUCCAGGACCUCAGCAGCCUUCUUCCCAGCCCACCAACCCAUCAAUUCCCACCCACCCCACACUCACAUUUUUCAGCCAGAAGAGAAAUGUCACGCAAGCCAACGUUCCCAUGAAAAGCCAUAGUGAUGGCCACUGGUCCCGGGGCAGAAAUGGGCAGCCGAUGGGGGGGAGGAAGAAGAGAAUAAUAUCCUUGCUAAGAAAAGUCUCCAUCUCCCCUCCUCUUAAAUAACUGGAAUGUUUUAAAAUUAAUUGAUUGACUAUUAAAGACUAAUAUAAUUUUGAUGAUGUAGCCUAUCUUUUCAGCCAUUGAUUUUUUUUUUCAAGUCAGUUCCAUCUUUCUAUAUUCACGCUGGAGAAGAAGAGAUGAAAUUGCUGGCCAGAAAGACACUCACCCCAGGAAAUGGCUGGAAUUAAUCUGAUCUGUCAUGGGGUCUUUGGGGAGGUGGGGAGGGGGUCCUACUGGGACGAUUCAACCCAAUUUCAGAUCCAAGAGUGAACAGCUUGUCUUUCAUUCUGAAUACAGUGGUACCUUGGUUCUCAAACGCCUUGGUUCUCAAACGCCAAAAACCUGGAAGUAAGGUGAAAUAUACUCGGAGUCGAGAGUGGAUUUCAUGCUCUUUAUACAGCUCAUAGUAGUGAGGAAUGGAAGUUCCCCCGAAAUGUCUGCUUUAUAUACAUUAUUUACACAAUGGGCCCCAUGUGAUUGGAUAGUUCUGGGAUUCUCCUGUAGGCCAAUCAGGUUGCGGAUUCACUUCCACCUGGAGUUGGAUUGGGUGGCUCCUGCGGACCAAUCAGACUGCUGCAUUCUGGAUCCUAUUGUUCUAGGACCAAUCAGACUGCUGCAUUCUGAAUCCUAUUAUUCUAGGACCAAUCUGACUGCUGCAAUUUGGAUCCUAUUCAACUCAGUACAUAAAAUAAAGGUUCCGGGUUUUGAACCUUUUUCGGAAGCUGAACAUCCGACGUGGCUGUCGACUAUUGUUUCCGGGGCGCCUGCACCAAUCAGAAGCUUGCGCCUUGGUUUUUGAACAUUUCAGAAGUCAAACAGACUGCCGGAACGGAUUAAGUUUGGCGCUUUUGUUUUUGCUAUUUAUUUUGCGUUUUUGUUUUUUAGGCUUUUUCAGUUAAUUUGUUUUUGUGGCUGUGUGGAACCCAGUUCAGCUAGUGAUUGAUUGAUUGAUUGAUUGGUUGUGUGACUGUGGAAAUGGAUAAAAGCCCUCCAUUCAAAAAAUGACUAUCAUCAGUGCAGGUAAGAAAAAAAUUAUUAUUUAUUUUUAUCAUCUACAACACUGUCGUAUUUAUUUUAUAGCACAGCACAUUGAUUACUGCUUUCAUUUUAUCGAUCAGUGGUCUCAUUACAUAGUAAAAUUCAUGUUAAAUGGCUGUUUUAGGCGUUGUUUAUAAAAGUCUGGAAUGGAUUAAUCUGUUUUGCAUUACUUUCUAUGGGAAAGCGCACUUUGGUUUUGGAACGCUUUGGUUUUGGAACAGACUUACAGAAGGGAUUGAGAACUAAGGUACCACUGUAGACGUUUCUACCAUGGAUGGAUGUAAGAAAUGGAUUGGUAUUGGGGCCUUGGUUUCCGAUUUGUUCACCAACGAUCUGGAGUGAUGCCCAGUGAGGGAUUGGAUUUGGAAGAAGAGUUUGGAUUUGAUAUCCUGCCUUUCACUCCCUUUAGGGCCAUGAUGUCCAUUUUAUUUGGGAAAGGAGGGAGGGAGUUUCACAGCUGGGAUGCCACUGCAGAGAAGGCCCUGUCCUGGUCAAGACACAUCAAGCCUCACCCAUUGGAAACACCUUGAAGAAGAAGAAGAGUUUGGAUUUGAUAUCCCGCUUUAUCACUAGCCUAAGGAGUCUCAAAGCGGCCAACAUUCUCCUUUCCCUUCCUCACCCACAACAAACACUCUGUGAGGUGAGUGGGGCUGAGAGACUUCAGAGAAGUGGGACUGGCCCAAGGUCACCCAGCAGCUGCAUGUGGAGGAGUGGAGACGCGAACCCGGUUCACCAGAUUACAAGUCUACUGCUCUUAACCACUACACCACACUGGGGAAGGAAGGAAGGAAGGAAGGAAGGAAGGAAGGAAGGAAGGGAGGGAGGGAGGGAGGGAGAGGGAGAGAGAGAGAGAGAGAGAGAGAGAGAGAGAGAGAGAGAGAGAGAAAAGGAAGGAAGGAAGGAAGGAAGGAAGGAAGGAAGGAAGGAGGAAGGAAGGAAGGAAGGAAGGAAGGAAGGAAGGAAGGAAGGAAGGAGUAGUAGUAGUUUGGAUUUGAUAUCCCGCUUUAUCACUCCCCUUCAGGAGUCUCAAAGUGGCUCACAAUCUCUUUUCCCUUCCUCCCCCACAACAAACACUCUGUGAGGUGAGUGGGGUUGAGAGACUUCAAAGAAGUGUGACUGGCCCAAGGUCACCCAGCAGAUGCAUGUGGAGGAGCGGGGAAGCGAACCUGGUUCACCAGAUUACGAGACUACUGCUCUGAACCACUACACCACACUGGCUCCUCCUCUUGUGAGGAGUUCCAAAAGGAUGUCACCGAACUGGGCAUUAAAAUGGCAAACAGGGCUCAAUCUAACUAAGUUCAAAGUGAUGAAUUUUUGGGGGUGGGGAAUCCCCUGACUUCACAAUUAUACUAAUGGGGUCUGAACUGCAGCGGCUGACCAGGAAAAAAGGGGAGAUGUUGUGGACACUCAAUGAAGCUGAAGGCUGGAAGAUUCAGGAUAGGUUUUUAAAAGCAGCAUACAGUGGUACCUUAGUUCUCAAACGCUUUGGUACUCAAACAACUUGGAACCCAAACACUGCAAACCUGGAAGUAAGUGUUCCGGUUUGUGAACUUUUUUCAGAAGCCAAACGUUCUCCAUUUUGAGUGUUACGCUGUUUUUGUGACCGUGUGGAACCCAGUUCAGCUACUGAUCGAUUGUGUGACUGCAGUCCAUUGUUUAUUGCAUUUUAUGGAUUGAUGGUCUCGUUAGAUAGUAAAAUUCAUGUUAAAUUGCUGUUUUAUUUAUUAUUAUUAUUAUUAUUAUUAUUAUUUUCAUGGUAAAUCUUUAUUGGUUUAAAAUACAGACGUGAAUGAUCAUUUACAACAAAGGUAAGUAUAAAAUAAUUGAAUACAGAAAAAAACAUCAAGACAUAAGAAUAAGGAAAAAGAAAAGAAAAAGAACAAAAAAAUUUUACAGAAUCAUAUCCAUCAAAUAAAAAUUUAUGCAUAAAACUUCCAAUCGUUCAGAAAACCAGGCUCAGGGCAGCUAACAACAAAUUUAAAACACUUAAUUGAUGCAACAAAAAACAGCAUAAAAUACAGUAUAAAACGUGAAUAACAAUAAAUUUAUAAUUCAAAAAUCAAUUUAGGGGGGAAAUCCAUCCAAUACACAUUAGAUGAUCCCCAGGGCUAGCUGGCUAAAUUAGUCCUGUUUGGGCCAGCGAGGAGACCAGGGGAGAAUUAGCUGUGGGAUCCCAGAGCGAGUAAUCUUCAUAAAAAGGGGAGGGGGAGGGAAGGAAGGGGAAUAAAAGUUCAGGCUAAGUUCAAAUUGAAAGCCAGGAAUAGCUCUGUCUUACAGGCCCUGCAGAAGGAAGUGAAAUCCUGCAGGGCCCUGGUCUCAUAGGACAGAGCAUUCCACCAGGUCGGAGCCAUCGCUGAGAAGGCCCUGGCCCUGGUGAAGGAUAAUCUGACUUCCUUACGGCCCGGGACCUCUAAACUAUGGUUAUUCAUGGACCUUAAGGUCCUCUGUGGGGCAGACCAGGAGAGGCGGUCCCGUAAAUAUGAGGGCCCUAAGCCACAAAGGGCUUUAAAGGUCAAAACCAGCACCUUAAACCUGACCCAACACUCCACUGGGAGCCAGUGUUGCAGGUUGACUCAUGUUAAACUUGAGUGACGGAGAGUGCCGGGCAGAGAUCUCUGCUGUCCAUCUGCAUUCUCUUAAGUAGAGAUCUUGGAUUCCGAGCCAGGGAACUGAGGCACGCAAACAACAAGCACAAACCCACACAGCAACCGACACGUAUUCAUCUCCGAAGGGUCCUGCUACUUAUGCAACCGUCUCGGGAGCCAUCCAAUCAGUCUAAUGCAGUAAAGACCUUGUCACCACAUCCUUGCCAACUGUCAGGUCCUAUUGAAAGCUCCUCCUUGCUGUCAGAUCGGCUUGCGGGAGGCUUUCCUCGCAAACAGGCUUCUCACUUGUAAUGGGCCCGGCUCUGCCAAUGCCUCCUUACUGUAGAAAAUCAAUCGGUCUUGAGUGCCUCUGUGGCAAUAGGUGUGCACCAAGAAUAUUUAUACACUCACUUAGCGCUGGCUCGGAGGAGGUCUCCAGGCUCUGGAGCUGGAAAGGUAGAAAUCCAUCUUUCCCUGUCUCCAUAUCUGCAUAGGACAAGACAGGCUUUGGAGAGAGCUGUUGUUCUGAUUUGUUACGUCAUUUCUUGCCCUAUCACACGGGGAACGAUUCAGGAGCAGAAUGUAGAAGAGGAAGGAGCUUUGCAAUGAGUGUUGGGGGAAGCCAUCAGAUUCUUAAAAAAUCAUCAUCAUCCAUUGCUCUUCACAAAACAAGGCAGUGGAAGAGUUGAGCUCAAUCAACUCUUUCCCAUUGAGCCUGGAAAAGAGGAGACUGGGAGAGGAUAUGAUUGUUGUUGUUGUUUAGUCAUUUAGUUGUGUCCGACUCAUUGUGACCCCAUGAUGAAGUGGGGACCCAUAUUCAAGAAGCGAUGGCCAGGCCAACCUGCUUAGGGGCUGGAAUCAAGAUGGGGUCCCAGGAAAUCCAUCGCCUGCCGUCCGAGUCCAUCAUUUCCCUUCCAACAGUGAAGCAUUGAAAGGAACUUGGCAAAACUGCUGGAGGGUUGCCGAAAAAGCAAGUGUGGGAACGGCGACCUUCGAGGAAUGUCCUCGGCUCUCCAGGAAUUAAUUUUCCAUUCAUCACUUGGAAAAACUCGACACAAUUAACGAGCAGCUAAUCACAUUUCUCUUCCAAGGCCAUGGCAUUCUUGAGGGAUGAAACACACGAUUGUUGUUGAGGAGCCUCAGAUACCAGAAGACACCUGAUUUGUACAAAGGCAGGGGCAAAAGUCACACACACCACACCUUUCAUGGGAUUUUUUGCCCUCAUGGAGGGGGGCCAGAUUUCAACAGCUUCCGGGGCAGAUGAAUUUCACAGAAAUGUUUGAGGAGGGUGACCUCAGAUCAUAGCUGUCAACGUUUUUCCAUUUUUAAAGGGAAAUUCUCUUAUUCCGAAUAGGAUUCCUCGCAAGAAAAGGGAAAAGUUGACAGCUAUGCCUCAGAUGGCUUCACAAAGUGGCCCGAGAUUUUCUUUGUUUCACUGCCCUGUGAGAACAGAGGAAGACAUGGCUGUAUCCAGGAUUUUUCUGAGGCCUCGUGGUCACAUUUCCUAAACCCAUGGGAAGGAUGGUGAUGUAGAAGACUACAGAGAUGCCAUGAUUUGGCUAAAUUCUGAGGGACCUUAGAGUGGGCAGGGGGGUAGGCUGCCUCAAGGUAAAGGAGAAAUGUCAGAGCCUGUCGGGUCAAGCCAACGGUCUUCUGGCCUAGCAUCCUGUUCUCACAGUGGCCAACCAGAUCAUAGAAAUCGCAGGAUCAUAGAAUUGCAGAGUUGAAAGGGACCCUGAGGGUCAUGUAGUCCAACCGGUGCAGGAAUCACAACUAAAGCAUCCAUGACAGAUGGCCAUCCAACCUCUGCUUAAAAACUUCCAGUGAAGGAGAGUCCACCACCUGCCAAUAUUAGGAUAUUGAUGUUCUAUUCCACCUAAACAGAUGUAUGGAGCUGUUGUAUGUCACAUGUCUGUUUACAUUCCAGCACAGCUUGCUGGGAACUUCCGUUUGUGCAUAGCUUUUGCGUGUCGAGGUCCCCAUGCCACCCCUCAAAAUAAAUUCACAAUUCACACAUAAUUUUUGUUUAAGGUUUUUGGCAUAAUUUUGGCCACAACUUUAUUGAAAUACAUAAUCUGUGAGUGGUUGCUUAGGCAUUGGUUAAGACUAUCUGUCCCCCCGCCUCGGACAGAACUGAUUUUCCGAACUCCCUUGGAAGCCAGUGAAGGGAAAGCAAUAUUGGGAAUCAGCUGAGCUGAGUGACAGGCCCUCACCGCUCAACCAACCUGCUCCCCUCCCCCCAAGGCUUGCCGGCCCUCGUCCCAUUUCAGGGAUUGGAGGAAAUCGUGGCAAGCCCCUGGAUUCCUUUAACGGAAUUCCCUUCCGCACCACCAUUGGAGGGGCAGGCCCAGCCUAUCCUGACCCCUCUUCCACCAAUUUUUAUAACCAAUGCCUAACCGCAACCUUACACGUUGUGAUGAAUUACUAAGUAGUAGGCAAAAACCAAAUGGCACCAGCCAAUCAUCCAAAUGGACAAAAUUCCUACUGGCCCCUGCCCCAACGGCAGACGACCCCAUGACAGGCAAAGCAAGGUCAACCGGAACUCAGGGCGGGCCGGCGGGCGGGUGAUCCGAUGCACUCAGCGAAAGAGAAAGCAAAAGCUGAGUGCCCCAAUAUUUAAAGCCUUUGGUCCCACCCACCACAUUGCAACAUGCAAUUUGCCCCAGCAACCCAGCCUUCCAAUCAAAUGCCCCAGGCCAACUCAUAUUUACCUGCCUGGCAACAGAGGGUUGGCUUGGCAGACCCCACCACAACACGUGCUCUCGUUUUAGGGAGAACACGCUUUGCCCUUUUAACCUGUAUUUUAAAUUGGAGUUUUUUCCCCCUAUUAUGUUUUUACUGUCAUUUUACUGGUGUUAGCCGCCCUGAGCCCAGCUCUGGCCGGGGAGGGCGGGGUAUAAAUAAAAUUUAUUAAUUAUGAUUAUUGUUAUUAUUUAGCAUUACAAUUAAACAGGUCUCUCUCUAAUUAUGAUAGCUGUUCCCCAAACCCCCGGCUUCAUAACCUUUUAAAAUAUUUCAUUCAAAUGAUGAUAUUGUGACCGUGUUGUUAGCAUUCCUGACCAAUCCUCUUUUCAAGCCACCCAUAUUGGUGGCUGCGACUGCCUCCUGUGGCAGGGAGUUCCAUGGUUUAACUCUGUGCUGCGUGGAGAAGGACUUCAUUUUAUGUGUCCUGAAUUUGCCAACAAAUUAUCCUCAGCUCCCCAGGCAGCAUCCUCCAGCCUGUAAAUCUGAGCCGCUGCUCCAGACUAAGUGGGGUUAAUAAAGGAACAUGCCACCAAGGGAUUGUGGGAAAUGCUAAUGAUGAACGAUUGACAAGGCACGCUCUUGGCUUUAUCCCCUCUCUCUGCUGGACUCAAAACUAACAUGCCUUCCUUCCUUCCUUCCUUCCUUCCUUCCUUCCUUCCUUCCUUCCUACCUUCCUCCAGGUUCGCGUUUCCAACUCUUUGCCAAAGUGGGAACGGAACAGAAUUAUACUAGGAAUUAGAGGGGAUGUAAUAAAGAUACAAGGAACGCGGGUGGCGCUGUGGGUUAAACCACAGAGCCUAGGACUUGCCAAUCAGAAGGUCGGCGAUUCAAAUCCCCGUGACGGGGUGAGCUCCCGUUGCUCGGUCCCUGCUCCUGCCAACCAAGCAGUUCGAAAGCACAUCAAAGUGCAAGUAGAUCAAUAGGUACCGCUCUGGCAGGAAGGUAAACGGCGUUUCCGUGCGCUGCUCUGGUUCACCAGAAGCGGCUUAGACAUGCUGGCCACAUGAUCCGGAAGCUGUACGCUGGCUCCCUCAGCCAAUAAAGCGAGAUGAGCGCCGCAACCCCAGAGUCGGCCAUGACUGGACCUAAUGGUCAGGGGUCUCUUUACCUUUAAUAAAGAUACAAAGAAUGGGUGGGGGCACACAGUAUUAUUUGUUUAUUGUGUUGUAUAGUGGGAAAGAUGGGUGACAGACACAGCUCUUUUAAGCAACAGCUCUUUAUUACAGCAGUUAGCACUGCUCUAAGUCUCUCUGAACAACAGUGAAGCUGGCUGCCUUAUAUAAUGCUCAAUAACUUGUAAUCCUCGCUAGUGUAGGGGUAAGUAUCCCCAUCUGUCACACGGGAGACCGGGGUUCGAUUCCCUGAUGGGGAGACCAUUGGUUUUAAGGACAUGGGCGGCACUAUAGGUUAAACCACAGAGUCUAGGACUUGCCAAUCAGAAGGUCGACGGUUCAAAUCCCCGCGACGGGGUGAUCUCCCGUUGCUCGGUCCCUGCUCCUGCCAACCUAGCAGUUCAAAAGCACGUCAAAGUGCAAGUAGAUAAAUAGGCACCUCUCCAGCAGGAAGGUAAACGGCGUUUCCGUGCACUGCUCUGGUUCGCCAGAAGUGGCUUAGUCAUGCUGGCCACAUGACCCGGAAGCUGUACGCCGGCUCCCUCGGCCAGUAAAGCGAGAUGAGCGCCGCAACCCCAGAGUCGGUCACGACUGGACCUAAUGGUCAGGGGUCCCUUUACCUUUACCUAACUUGUAACAGUAACAAAUUCCAACAAACUACCCAAUCGGUGAUAGCAACUCUCAAUCCUUCAUUUGCAUACUGGUGGCCCAGAGAGAGAACUGCAGCCAGUCUGAAUUAAUAAUAAUAAUAAUAAUAAUAAAUAAAUAAAUAAAAAUAAUAAUAAUUUAUUUAUACCCCACCCAUCUGGCUGGGCUUCCCCAGCCACUCUGCCUGCCCUUUGCCCUAAAGUCCCAGGGUGGGUUGCAGCAUGAAAACCCAAUAUUUUAUUUCUCUGUAAUAACCUUUUUUUUUCCUGCUCUGCAUCAUUUUCUUAAGUUGUAUAACACAGCAAAUCAAACAUAGGAACACAGAAUUGUAGGGUUGGGAGCGAUCUCCAAGGGCCCUCGAGUCCACCCCCUUGCCACGCAGGAACCACAGCUAAAGAAUCUCAGAAGAUCCAGGUAACUCCUGACAGGUGAGCUUGACCUCGAUACCAGGGAAGGUCCUAGAACAGAGAAUUCAGCAGUCAGUGUGAGCACUUAGAAAAGGAAGCUGUGAUUAUUAAGACCCGGCAGGGGAUUUCUUCAAAAACCAGUCAAGCCAGAUGAAUCUCAUUUCUUUCUUUCUUUUAUGGAGUUACAAGCUUGGCGGAUAAGGGAAAUGCUGCUGACAUAGUGUAUCUUGAUUUCACUAAGGCUUUUGACAAAGUCCCCUGAAAUACACUUGGAGAAGUGAGUGGAUUUCAUGCUCUUUAUUCAGCUCAUAGUGGUGAGGAGGAAUGGAAGUUCCCCCAGAAUGUCUGCUUUAUAUACCCUAUUUACAAAGUGGGCCCCACGUGAUUGGCUAAUUCUGGGAUUCUCCUGUAGGCCAAUCAGAUUGCGGAUUCACUUCCACCUGGAGCUGGAUUGGGUGGCUCCUGUGGACCAAUCAGACUGCUGCAUUCUGAAUCCUAUUGUUCUAGGACCAAUCAGACUGCUGCAUUCUGAAUCCUAUUGUUCUAGGACCAAUCAGACUGCUGCAUUUUGGAUCCUAUUCAACUCAGUGCAUAACAUCCCCCAUGAUAUUCCUGCGAGGAAGCUGGUAAUAUGCAGGUUGAACAAGGUAACUGUUUGGUGGAUUUGUAGCUGGGUCACUGGCCGAACCCAAAGAGGACUCAUUAAUAUGGAUCCUCAUCAUCGUGGGGAAAAGUGACAAAUGGGAUGCCACAGGGUUCUGUCCUGGGUCCAUUGUUGUUCAGCUUCUUUAUAAAGGACUUGGACAAAGGAAUUGAGGGGAUGCUCAUCAGAUUUGCAGAUGACACCAAACUGGGAAGGGUAGGUAAUGUUGGGGACAAUGUUCCCCACCCCUAUAGUUAUAAUCCAUGGGUUGCCAUCUGAUUUUAUUCUGCUCCAAAUUUGAUUUUAAGCUGUAUUUUAAUCGAUUGUCUGGUUUAUGUUUUUAAUGUAUCAUACUUUUAUGUUAGCCGCCCUGAGCCCUGUCCUUGCUGGGGAGAGCGGGGUAUAAAUAAAAAUUAUUAUUAUUAUUAUUAUUAUUAUUAUUAUUAUUACUACUACAGAUCGUGAAGCUGAGGCUCCAAGACUUUGGCCACCUCGUGAGAAGAGAAGACUCCCUGGAAAAGACCCUGAUGUUGGGAAAGAUUGAGGGCACAAGGAGAAGGGGACAGCAAAGGACGAGAUGGUGGGACAGUGUUCUCGAAGCUACGAACAUGAGUUUGACCAAACUGCGGGAGGCAGUGGAAGACAGGGGGGCCUGGCGUGCUCUGGUCCAGGGGGUCACGAAGAGUCGGACACGACUAAACAACUAAACAACAACAACAUUAUUAUUAUUAUUAUUAUUAUUAUUAUUAUUAUUAUUAUUACAGAAUCAGAAUUCAAAAUGAGAGAACUGGGUCCAAGCUAACAAAAUGAAUUUCAAUAGGGACAAAUGUCAGGUUCUGCACUUAGGCAGGAAGAACCAGCUGCACAAAUAUAAGAUGGGUGGCCCCUGGUUUACCAGUAGUACAUGUGAAAAGAAUUGAAGGGUCUUAGUAGACCACAAGCUGAACAUGAGCCAACAGUGUGAUGCAGCAGCAAAAAUGUUGAAUGCUGUUUUAGGCUGCAUCAACAGAAGUAUAGUAUCCAGAUCAAGUCAUAGUACCAACUCUAAUUUGCCUUGAUCAGACCACACCUGGAAUGCUGGAAUCUGGGCACCACAGUUUAGAAAGGAUAUUGACCAGCUGGAACAUGUGCAGAGGAGGGGAAUCAGAAGGAUCUUAUAGGCAGCAAGAAUAUUAUUGGCACAAAAAUGGAAGCAAGAAGAAUUACUGACGAAAGAAGAAUGGCGAGUGAAGUUGAUGGACUAUGCAGAACUGGAUAAGUUGUCAGGGAGGGUUCGAAACCUGCGGGAUCAGAGAUUCUUAGAAGACUGGAGUAAAUAUACGAACUAUUUGAAAAGUAGUUGUCAUGAACAGAUUACACUAGUAGGAGUGCAAGACGUUUUGUAAGGAGGAUUGUUCGAAAUAUUUCAAGAAAUACUAUGAGGAGAAUUAUUAGUUAAUGACAAUUAAGAGUACUAGAGAAAUUAAGAAAUGCAGAAUAAGUGAUAAAGAAUGAAAAAUCAUCAGAGGUGUUGACGGAAGUCUAAAACAUUGUAUAAGAUAAGAAGUUAUGUUAUAUGAUUGUUGGAAAUGAUAUGUUAAAAACAACAACAACAAUAAUUAUUAUUAUUAUUUGUUUGUUUGUUUGUUUGUUUGUUUGUUUGUUUGUUUGUUUGUUUAUACCCCGCCCAUCUGGCUGGGCUUCCCCAGCCACUCUGGGCAGCUUCCAAAAAAAUAUUAAAAUACAGUAAUGCAUCAAACAUUACAAGCUUCCCUAAACAGGGCUGCCUUCAGAUGUCUUCUAAAAGUCUGGUAGCUGUUGUUCUCUUUGACAUCUGGUGGGAGGGAGUUCCACAGGGCGGGUGCCACCACCGAGAAGGCCCUCUGUGGUUUCUAUAUAUAUGAAACCGAGCCUUAUGAGGAAGGAGCUGGAUAUGUUUAGCCUGCAGAAGAGUAGACUGAGAGGUGAUAUCAUAUAGCCAUCUUCAAAUAUCUGAAGCGCUGUCCCGUGGGAGAUGAAGCAAGCUUGUUUUCUUCUGCUCUGGAGGGCAGGACUCGAACCCAUGGCUUCAAGUUAUUUCGACUAAACCUCAGGAAGAACUUUCUGACAGUAAGAGCUGUUCAGCAGUGGAACAGUCUCAUUCAGGAGAUUGUGGACUCUCCUUCCUUGGAGGUAUUUAAGCAGAGGUUGGGUGGCCAUCUGCCAUGGAUGCUUUAGUUGAGAUUUCUGCAUUGCAGGGGGUUGGACUAGAUGACCCUAAGGGUCCCUUCCAACUCUGCAACAGAGGCAGCGACAGCCACUAACUUGGGUGGCAAUGAGGCUACUAUUUGUGACAUGGCAUCCCUUUAGGAGUAUUUGUUUUUGAUUCGGGUUUUCCAUAGCCCACAGCUAGUACAAUAAAGUUAUUUGGAUUGGAUUGGGUGGCACUGAAAGAGGGUUAGAGGGGAAUCGGGCUCUGUGUAGCUACUUGUCACAAAGGCUAUAUUCUUUUUCUUUUCUUUUUUAUAAAAUAUUUAUUAGGAUUUUACAAUAAACAUAGGUUUAAAAAAAUUAAGAAAAUUAAACCAAAGAUUACACAUAAACAGAAAAAGAAAAAAGAUAACAAGGAUAGUACCAAUAAAACAAGAACCUAAGAUAAUACCAAAAAAACAAGGACCUAAAAGAGAAAAAGGAAAAUACAAAAUACAAAAAACAGAUGGCUAAAAAAGAAAAAGAGGGGGGGAAAAUUAAAAAAGAAAAAAUCCAUUUUUCAAUAUCUUUAGGCUCAUUUACUUAUUUCCUUGACCUCCUCACACCUCCCCUUUUUGUAUUCCCGUUUACAAAAUCCUUUCAGCAAAUCCUUACCCUCUUUCAUUUAUCUUUACUCUAUAUCUUAACCUAUCAUAACAAUAUAUUUUCAUCCAUAUAACAAUCUAUAUUUGCAUAUUCUUAUUAACCUUAUUACCAAAACCACUUAUUUCCAUUCCAACAUCAUUUUAACAUUCAUUAAUUUUACAGUAUUUCUGCAAAUAGUCUUUAAAUUUCUUCCAAUCUUCUUCCACCGACUCUUCUCCCUGGUCACGGAUUCUGACAGUCAUUUCCGCCAAUUCCAUAUAGUCCAUCACCUUCAUCUGCCACUCUUCCAGGAUGGGUAAAUCUUGUGUCUUCCAAUACUUUGCAAUAAGUAUUCUUGCUGCUGUUUUUGCAUACAUAAAGAAAGUUCUAUCCUUCUUUGGCACCAAUUGGCCGACUAUGCCUAGGAGAAAGGCCUCUGGUUUCUUCAAGAAAGUGUAUUUAAAUACCUUUUUUAAUUCAUUAUAAAUCAUCUCCCAGAAAGACUUAAUCCUUGGGCACGUCCGCCAAAGGUGAAAGAAUGUACCUUCAGUUUCUUUACAUUUCCAACAUUUAUUGUCGGGCAAGUGAUAGAUUUUUGCAAGCUUGACUGGGGUCAUGUACCACCUGUAUAUCAUUUUCAUAAUAUUCUCUCUUAAAGCAUUACAUGCCGUAAAUUUUAUACCUGUGGUCCACAACUGUUCCCAGUCAGCAAACAUAAUGUUAUGUCCAACGUCCUGUGCCCAUUUAAUCAUAGCAGAUUUAACCGUCUCGUCCUGAGUGUUCCAUUUUAACAGCAAGUUAUACAUUCUUGAAAGUAUCUUUGUUUUAGGAUCUAACAGCUCUGUUUCCAACUUUGAUUUUUCCACCUGGAAGCCAAUUUUUUUAUCUAAAUUAUAAGCCUCUCUUAUUUGAUAAUAAUGAAGCCAGUCUCGCACUUUAUCUUUUAGUUUCUCAAAACUCUGCAAUUUCAAUUUGUCUCCUUCUUGCUCCAAGAUUUCCCAAUAUUUCGGCCACUUGGCCUCCAUAUUGAGCUUUUUCAGGGCCUUUGCCUCCAUCGGUGACAACCACCUUGGGGUUUUGUUUUCAAGUAAGUCUUUAUAUCUUGUCCAGACAUUAAACAAUGCUUUUCUGACAAUAUGGUUUUUAAAUGCUUUAUGUGCUUUAACCUUGUCGUACCAUAAGUAUGCAUGCCACCCAAAAACAUUAUUGAAACCUUCUAGAUCCAAAAUGUUUGUGUUCUCAAGAAGCAGCCAAUCUUUCAGCCAGCAGAAUGCUGCUGAUUCAUAAUAAAGUUUAAAAUCUGGCAGGGCAAAUCCCCCUCGUUCCUUUGCAUCAGUUAAUAUUUUAAGUUUUAUUCUGGGCUUCUUGCCCUGAAUAAAACUUAAAAUAUUAACUGAUGCAAAGGAACAAAGGCUAUAUUCUGCCUCCACGGUCGGAGGCAGCCAUAAUAAUAAUAAUAAUUUAUUAUUUAUACCCCGCCCAUCUGGCUGAGUUUCCCCAGCCACUCUGGGCGGCUUCCAAUCGAGUGUUAAAAACAAAACAGCGUUAAAUAUUAAAAGCUUCCCUAAACAUGGCUGCCUUCAGAUGUCUUUUAAAGAUAAGAUAGCUGCUUAUUUCCUUCACAUCUGGUGGGAGGGCGUUCCACAGGGUGGGCGCCACCACCAAGAAGGCCCUCUCCCUGGUUCCCUGUAACCUCACUUCUCACAAUGAGGGAACCGCCAGAAGGCCCUCGGCGCUGAACCUCAGUGUCUGGGCUGGACGAUGGGGAUGGAGACGGUUCUUCAGGUAUACAGGACCGAGGCCAUUUAGGGCUUUAAUGGUCAGCACCAACACUUUGAAUUGUGCUCAGAAACGUCCUGGGAGCCAAUGCAGAUCUCUCAGGACCAGUGUUAUAUGGUCUCGGCAGCCACUCCCAGUCACCAGUCUAGCUGCCGCAUUCUGGAUUAGUUGCAGUUUCCGAGUCACCAUCAAAGGUAGCCCCACGUAGAGCUCAUUGCAGUAGUCCAAGCGGGAGAUAACCAGAGCAUGCACUACUCUGGCAAGACAGUCCGCGGGCAGGUACAUAGCUGUCAACUUUCAGAUUUGAAAAUAAGGGAUCAGCAGCCUCAAAAAUAAGGGAUCAGCAGCCUCACCUGUCCCGGGGACAGUCUACAGGAUCUCUAACAAUCCAGGAUAGCAGCGGGAAACGGUGCUGGAAUAAGGUAGUUUCCCACAAAAAAAGGGAAGGUUGACAGCUAUGGGCAGGUAGGGUCUCUGCGUGCCAUGCUUCUGAAUACCAGGACAGGUCUGUGCCUGCCAUGCUUUUAAAAGGCAUGACUUCCCCCGCCAAAGAAGAAAAAUCCUGUCCUAAAAUUGGCUGGCGGAAGACAGAUCCCAAGCAUGGCAUCUUUCCAACUCAGCUCUUUUCUAUCUCACGAGCAUCCUCUCUUCUCCCCCUCUCCUUUUGCACCUAUAAAGCUCCGGCCUGAGAGAUUCCACUCGGCUAAUAAGGUUCAUUUCGUGGGAGAGGGAGGGCGGCGAGAGAGAGAGCGCCAGCCGUGGGUCGCCGUCCCCCCACCCCACCCGCCCCUCUGUGGAGCCCCCCUCCCACCGGCUGCGUCCCUCCCUGUUGAUGCUCUGAUCAAUUACUCAUCAAAUCUUAAUGGAUGCUCUAACUCAAGUGUGGCAUCUUAAUCAGAGCGAUGACUGCGGAGUGUCAGGACCAUCGACUGGGGAGAGCUCGGACAAAUGAUCCCAUUGACUUUCUUGGCAGGCGGGCGAAGCUCCCUCCAGCCAGGGCCGGUGUCACAACGCCUCCUAGCGGCCGCUGGGAAGAGAGCAGAAGAGAUCAGCAAAGGGUGGGCAGAAGCAGGGGGGGGAGCUCUCGUUCAUCCAUUCCCUCGGGGGGCAAUUCAGGGCCGCUUCGGUCAUUACUUUCCCUCCUUCAGACCCUUCUCUCUUCUCCUGGCUCGGCCUGGUUUCUCGCUGCCUUGCAGUUUCUCUGCACUGAAUUUGUAAAAUUUGUUUAAGUAAAAUGGGACGUGGGUGGCGCUGUGGGUUAAACCACAGAGCCUAGGACUUGCCGAUCAGAAGGUCAGCGGUUCGAAUCCCCGCGACGGAGUGAGCUCCCAUUGCUUGGUCCCUGCUCCUGCCAACCUAGCUGUUCGAAAGCACAUCAAGUGCAAGUAGAUAAAUAGGUACUGCUCCGGCGGGAAGGUAAACGGUGUUUCCGUGCACUGCUCUGGUUCGCCAGAAGCGGCUUAGUCCUGCUGGCCACAUGACCCAGAAGCUGUACUCCGGCUCCCUCGGCCAAUAAAGUGAGAUGAGCGCCACAACCCCAGAGUCGGCCAUGACUGGACCUAAUGGUCAGGGGUCCCUUUACCUUUACCUUUAAGUAAAAUGCAGCUUGCACGCAUUAGCUCCUAGAUCUCACAAUUUGGGGCUUAUCCAAACUUACCUUUGUCCUGGUCUUUCCAGGCGUGGUUCGUGCAUUAAAGCUUUUUUUCCAAAAGACCUUUCCCCCACCCUCCUUCUUUGGUGCAUUCCUUGAAAAAAAACACUCUUUAAAGUUCAACUGGAGCAAACGGCAAUCUAUGGGAAACUGACGUUUGCUUUGAUUGAGAGCUAAAGAGAGGGGAAAGACAAAACUGCUCAGACACGGAGUUUUUAAGUGCAGACCUUUGCUUGGAAAGUUAAGUGUGGAUAAACCCUUUGCUGCCGGGUACAAUAAUGAAUGCAUUUUGUUUUAUUUUGGAAGUGAGACGAAACGUGGCUUGCAAGGAACAUUUACAUCAUGGGAAUUUGCAGAUUUGCUUUCUGGGGCUGUGGGGAACUGCAGAUGCAUGCAGGAUUAGAAAAAUUAUGCUGGAGAGGACCAUUGAUGGCAACUAGCCAUGAUGGCUGUGCUCUGCGCCCUCCACAGUGGAGAGCUCCGGGAUCCAGUCAGCCACUGUGAAAACAGGAUGAUGGAAUAGAUGGGCCAUUGGCCAUUGAUCAGAUUUCAUAUUUUCUGCAGCUUCCCCUCCCCCCCCCUCAAAUCAGGGAAGGUGGGGUGCAGGGCCAAAUUCUCAGCUGGCCUGCCCUGCCUCUUUAAGAUCGGGGGAGCACUGAGGACACCUUGCCUUCCCAUUCCUAACAUUUUGGAGCCAGCCCUGCAAAUAAUAAUAAUAAUAAUAAUAAUAAUAAUAGUAAUUUAUUAUUUGUACCCCGCCCAUCUGGCUGGGUUUCCCCAGCCACUCUAGGCGGCUUCCAUAGAAACCAAAAAUACACUAAAAUAUCACAGAUUAAAAACUUCCCUGAACAGGGCUGCCUGCCAUAUUUAAAUAAAAAAUUAAAUAUGCAUGUCAGGAUUCAGACAUACAUGCAGAAGAAGGGCCUGCUGGAAAAGGCCAAUGAAGAAGAAGAAGAAGAGUUUGGAUUUGAUAUCCCGCCUUUCACUCCCUUUAAGGAGUCUCAAAGCGGCUAACAUUCUCCUUUCCCUUCCUCCCCCACAACAAACACUCUGUGAGGUGAGUGGGGCUGAGAGACUUCAGAGAAGUGGGACUGGCCCAAGGUCACCCAGCAGCUGCAUGUGGAGGAGUGGGGAAGCGAACCCGGUUCACCAGAUUACGAGACUACCGUUCUUAAACACUACACCGCACUGGCUCUCACAAUGGUCCAUCUACUCAAGCAUCCUGUUCUAAAUUAAAACUAGCAGUAAACAAAAUGAAUGAAUGAAUGAAUGCAACAGCAUUUUAGAUACCUGAGCAGGCUUUUCUAAACCAAAAUGUCUUUGUUGCUGUUUAGUCCUUUAGUCGUGUCCGGCUCUUCAUGACCCCAUGGACCAGAACACGCCAGGCACUCCUGUCUUCCACCGCCUCCCACAGUUUGGGCAAACUCAUGUUGGUCACUUCGAGAACACUGUCCCACCAUCUCGUCCUCCGUCGUCCCCUUCUCCUUGUGCCCUCCAUCUUUCCCAACAUCAGGUUCUUUUCCAGGGAGUCUUCUCUUCUCAUGAGGUGGCCAAAGUCUUGGAGCCUCAGCUUCAGGAUCUGUCCUUCCAGUGAGCACUCAGGGCUGAUUUCCUUCAGAAUGGAGAGGUUUGAUCUUCUUGCAGUCCAUGGGACUCUCAAGAGUCUCCUCCAGCACCAGAAUUCAAAAGCAUCCAUUCUUCGGUGAUCAGCCUUCUUUAUGGUCCAGCUCUCACUUCCAUACAUCACUACAGUGGUACCUCGGGUUAAGAACUUAAUUCGUUCUGGAGCUCCGUUCUUAACCUGAAACUGUUCUUAACAUGAGGUACCACUUUAGCUAAUGGGGCCUGCCACAGAACGCUAUUUCUGUUCUCCUCCGGAAGCAAAAUUCUUAACCCGAGGUACUAUUUCUGGGUUAGCGGAGUCUGUAACCUGAAGCGUCUGUAACCUGAAGCGUCUGUAACCCGAGGUACCACUGUACUGGGAAAACCAUAGCUUUAACUAUAUGGACCUUUGUCGGCAAGGUGAUGUCUCUGCUUUUUGAGAUGCUGUCUAGGUUUAUCAUCGGUUUUCUCCCAAGAAGCAGGCGUCUUUUAAUUUCGUGACUGCUGUCACCAUCUGCAGUGAUCAUGGAGCCCAAGAAAGUAAAAUCUGUCACUGCUUCCAAUUCUUCCCCUUCUGUUUGCCAGGAGGUGAUGGGACCAGUGGCCAUGAACUUGUCCAAUUCUCAUUUAAAAUCAUCCAAUAUGUUGGAAAUCACAGUCUCCUGUGGGAGUGAGUUCCACAGUCCAAUUCUGCGCUUUGCAAAAGAAGUCCUUUCUUUUCUCUGCCCUGAAUCUUCCAGCGUUCAUCUUUUCUGGCUAUCCUAGGGUUAUGACAGAGGGGGAAACAACUUUUCAUUAUCUUACGCUCCUUUCCUCUAAAAUUAAUGCUGUCACCUUUUUCCCUAGGGGAGUCGCUUCACCCCCUCAAUCAUUUUGGGGGUUUUUUUGGGAAGCUUUUCCAACUCCACCCGAUCCUGGCCUACAGCAUCCCCACCUCGAAGGCUGCCUUGGACCAGAAGAGAGGAAGAAGAUGGGAGCCAAAUCACAGCUUGGCGAGAGAUGUCCCCUCGAGACAGCAUCUCUCUUCCUGAUGAAUGGCUGCCUUCAGAAGGCUCAAUGCGAGAGAGAUGGAUGGGCUUCCCCACCCCUGCCAAGGAGCUAAUCUCCUCUCGCUAUAGAUCUGCCCAGGCAGUCGUGCUUCUGACGCGACCGAGCUGGAGAGCACAGUAGCACAUGGCUCUCCCUCUUUCACCAUUGAAAUCUACUCGGAGUCAAGAGUGGAUUUCAUGCUCUUUAUUCAGCUCAUAGUGGUGAGGAGGAAUGGAAGUUUCCCCAGAAUGUCUGCUUUAUAUACAUUAUUUACACAAUGGGCCCCAUGUGAUUGGCAAAUUCCGGGAUUCUCCUGUAGGCCAAUCAGGUUGCGGAUUCACUUCCACCUGGAGCUGGAUUGGGUGGCUCCUGUGGACCAAUCAGACUGCUGCAUUCUGGGUCCUAUUGUUCUAAGACCAAUCAGACUGCUGCAUUCUGAAUCCUAUUGUUCUAGGACCAAUCAGACUGCUGCAUUCUGAAUCCUAUUGUUCUAGGACCAAUCAGACUGCUGCAUUCUGAAUCCUAUUGUUCUAGGACCAAUCAGACUGCUGCAUUCUGGACCCUAUUGUUCUAGGACCAAUCAGACUGCUGCAUUCUGAAUCCUAUUGUUCUAGGACCAAUCAGACUGCUGCAUUCUGAAUCCUAUUGUUCUAGGACCAAUCAGACUGCUGCAUUCUGAAUCCUAUUCAACUCAGUACAUAGCAACCAUCCGGAGCAGGCAUCCCCAGACUCGGCCCUCCAGUUUUUUUGCGACUACAAGACCCAUCAUCCCUAGCUAACAGGACCAGUGGUCAGGGAUGAUGGGAAUUGUAGUCCCUAAACAUCUGGAGGGCCGAGUUUGGGGGUGCCUGAUCCAGAGUCUGCGUGUGGAAGCCUGCUCAAGAGGAGAGGCUGGUCAGGAAGCCAGCAACACCUCUGAAUACCAGUCGCUGGAACCCACGGGAGGUAAGAGGGCUACUGUGUUCUGCAGCGGGAAUAAUGUGAUGACGCUGUAAUCAUAGCUGUCAACCUUCCCUUUUUUUUGCAGGAAAUUCCCUUAUUCCAGCGCCGUUUCCCGUUGCUUCCCGCUGCUAUCCCGGAUUGUUAGAUAUCCCAUAGACUGUCCCCGGGACAGGUGAGGCUGCUGAUCCCUUACUUUCAAAUCUGAAAGUUGACAGCUAUGGCUGUAAUUUACAUGAUUCCCACCACAAUGGACAGAUAGACAAAUAAUGUAGCCGUUGGAGGAAAAUGAACGGCAGCAGAACGGAAAUGGUGCUGCGUGAGAUUAGUACAGGAAUAGGAAACAAUUCCUCUUUGCGUCCGUAUUCAUAACUGUAGCUGCUGCCUGUCCUGAUCUGUUUUUUGAAUGAAACUGUAAUGGACCACAGAUUGCAAAUCAACCCUCUGGCUGCAAGUUGCUGGUUUUUCCCCAUCCACACCAAAGACCGGAUGCGUUCAGACUGAGAGAGGUGAUUGAGGAGAUUUCACCCCUCCCAUUCCAAGAAUCUGCUGAUGUUCUCUGCUGAUUCUCCAGAGAGGAGGGGGGCGGUUUCUGCUCACUACUUAUUCCGCUCCAGCCUCACAUCAAAGAGAGAGACUGAGUGUUAGAGAGAGAGUGUGUUAUCUCUGUAUAGAUAAGGUUGCUGCUAAGAGCAGCUGCAGACACUCAGUGCAGUUCAGCUUCUCCAUUUAGCUCUGUAUAUAGUUUGUAUGAUAGUUGUAGAUAGAAUAAAAAUAGUUAUUCUACAGAGCUGUUCUCCGAGUGGUUUAUGCUCUGCUGUACUCUGCUGUGCAACGUCUUUGGGGUGAAUCUGGUGCUCACAACUCUGAGUUGUGAGUCCACAGCACUUUGACCUGUUCCUGUGCAGAAGGUGGUCUCUGGAAGUGCUACCCCAGCUCGCCUGGCCCAGAUGGGGCUGAAGUGGAUGAGUCCAGUCGGUGGCACUGGCUCAAGGGCGAUGCUGACAGUGAUAUGGCUAUAGCCACACUCCACCAGUAAAAUGACAGAGGGAGGAGAUCCACGCAGGGCACUGGCAGCCCAUUCACAUGGGGAGUGCAGGAUUAACACUUGAUAUUCUGGAAUCCUGGCAGGGAAGGACAUUAGAUGAGACAGCAGGGACCUUCUUAAGUGAGACUUUGAUCUUUACUGAUCAUUCGUUCUGUUUUGCUUCCUGGGAGGUUGUACAAUAGGGAGCAUUCGCCUUGCACUCAUCCUGGUUUCUUUGUGAGCUGUUGAUUCAUCUUCCUAUUCUGCAUUCAUAUCUCAACGCAUUUCCCCAUCACUUUCCUAACCACAAACAGUUCAUUUCUCUUGCUGCGCUAGAAUGACAGUUUUGGGGUUGUUGAUCCACAUUCAUCGUGCAAACCUGAAUUACCCAGUGUGCAAAAUGUGUUCAGUCCCCAGAGGCGAUCACCUUGGGGACUCCUGUGAGAGCAUGAGAGAUCCCUGGGUUGAAGCAGAAGCUAGAGAGUCAUGAUGUACCACAGAAUCGUGAGAAUUGCAGUGCAGAAGAAAAUGAAGGAGGAAAGAAUGCCAGCAAUUUAAAACAAAGCAACCACUUCUGACGCAAAAAUUGGGUGUGUGUUUUUUUUAAGAAUCGAAAGAUGGGGAGGGCAUCAAGUGUGCAUUCUUAUCUUUAAAGCCCUAAACAGCCUUGGUCCAGUAAAUCUGAAGAAGAGUCUCCACCCCCAUCGUUCAGCCCGGACACUGAGGUCCAGCUCCGAGGGCCUUCUGGCGGUUCCCUCGCUGCGAGAAGCCAAGUUACAGGGAACCAGGCAGAGGGCCUUCUUGGUAGUGGCACCCGCCUUGUGGAAUGCCCUCCCACCAGAUGUCAAAGAGAAAAGCAACUACCAGACUUUUAGAUGACAUCUGAAGGCAGCCCUGUUUAGGGAAGCUUUUAACGUUUAAUAGACUAUUGUAUUUUAAUACUCUGUUGGAAGCCGCCCAGAGUGGCUGGGGAAACCCAACCAGAUGGGUGGGGUAUAAAUAAUAAAUUAUUACUAUUAUUAUUAUUAUUAUUAUUAUUAUUAUUAUUUGAACAGGUGGCAACUUCUCUGCACCCUUGCUCAUCCUUCUCCCUUCUCCAUCCAGGGAAGCAAGAGGCACGAUCAGAGUUCAAGGUCAAAUGAAAGCACUCCACAAGGAGAAUGCAAAGAGAGAGGUGUGGUCCAGGGAGAGCCCCAAAGAUCAGACAGUUGUGAAAUGCCACGUUUGAACCCCAGAACUGAGGUUGCCCAUCUCUGACUCAGAAGGCCUUUGGGGGAAAAUAUCAGGAGUGUCGAUUCACGGUGGUGCAAGAAGGCAAAGAGGCAGCUGCAUUGGAGAGAGAGAAAGAAUUUCACAUAUUUAUUGAAACCUUCCUUUCCCCAACCUGGGGAUGUUCCUGUGGGAUGGGUUUUAAUGGGCAAGAGAGGCUAUAUUAAUUGCAAUUCAUCCCUCCAGGCUCCCACAUGUGUAGGUUGAACAGAGUUUCAAAAGUCCAUCCUUGGCAGCAAAAUUCAAAGCUUAGGAAUCAGACUGCAAAGGCUCCUUCUGAGCAAAUCCAGCUAACGUUCCUCCGCUUAACAGAGAACCAGGCAACAGCUUGUAAAGUAAGUUUAAAAAUAAGAUUUACUUACAGUAUAAUCAUGCAUCAGGUCAAAGCAACAGUAGCAAUAAAAACUAUGCACACAAAAUGCUUAUAUUUGCAAUAAAUAAUAAUAAUAAUAAUAAUAAUAAUAAUAAUAAUAAUAAUUUAUUAUUUAGACCCCGCCCAUCUGGCUGGGUUUCCCCAGCCACUCUGGGCGGCUUCCAACAAAGUAUUAAAAUACAGUAAUGCAUCAAACAUUAAAAGCUUCCCUAAACAGGGCUGCCUUCAGAUGUCUUCUAAAAGUCUGGUGGUUGUUCUUCUCUUUGACAUCUGGUGGGAGGGCGUUCCACAGGGCGGGCGCCACUACCGAGAAGGCCCUCUGCCUGGUUCCCUGUAACUUAUAUUUGCAAUCUAAGCAGAGGCAUGUCUGCAUCCAGUGCUGGUCAAAAGGAGAGAAAGAGGAACAGGAAGUACUAUAUACUCCUCUUGGAAGGGAAAUGAUAUCACACAGAGCCCUCUCUACCAAUUGCAUUUCUAUGAUCUGAGCAUCUGCCCAUCAGCAAUGCAGCUCUGUGGACUUAGCCCCUUCUCAUGCUAACUAGGAAGAAUAUGCAUUUGCUAGGUUUGGCUGCUAAUCUCCCACAGUUUCCGGAUUACAACUCCCAGAAGCUCUUUGGGGAAGGUGGUUUUGAGCUACCCAGAGGCCUCUUGGGCUCAAGCCUUUAGUCCAACCACCGCUGGCCCUCCUUGAUCUCCCGCUCCCUCUCCAAACAAAACAGUUCCUAACCUCCCACUGUCUCGGAAUAUGCAGAUCCUAUUGACUUCUGCUGAGGUCAGUGUCUAAAUUUAUUGACCCAAAGCAGGAAUAUUGACAUGCGAUGCAACCGAGGUCAAUGAGCGUCCCUCGAGGGACCAUAAAUUUUUGGUAUUGACUUCGGCAACAGAAGUCAAUAAAGGAAUGGUUAAUAUAAACAUUGUCUUACAAAAAUUAAUUCCCAGUGACAUGGGUUUUGCCUGCAAUUUUUAUGGUGAAAUAUGGAGUCGCUUGUCAGUCAUGCCUGAGGAAUGAGGAAGAGUAUCUGAUUAUGGUGAGUAAUGAAAUUGUCGGGUUUGGGGGGAAAGCAACGGAGUCCAGUUAUAAUUUAAUUUAAUCUGUUUUCCGUGAUGGAAAGGAUGGUUGCAGUGAUGUCAGUUUGGUCUCAAGUGGGAAGAAAAGUACUUCUGGCUUACCUUUAGGCUGUUACUUACCCCUGCUAACUUUUUUUUACAUUUAUUUGCUACCAGAAAUGUUCUGUGUUACUAUACCAAUCACAGACAUUGGGGGAGUCUCCCAUUCAGGAAACUCAGAGGUGAGUUUCAGCGACUGAUAUCCACGGUCCACCUUCGAACCAUUGCUCUAAGACCCCACCUGGCUCUAUAUUUUCAAUGCAGUAUCACACCAUUUCAAUUCCCCCCAAGAACGCUGGGAUCCAUUGUUUGCUAAGGAAGCUAAAAGUCAUAGGGAGACCCCUGUUCCCCUCAACAGAGCUACAGUUCUGUGUGGUUUAACAGUCAUUCCCUCAUCCAGAAGAACGCUGGGAAUUGUAGCUCUCUGAGGGGACUAUGGGGUCUCCUCCAAAUUCUCAGCACCCGUAACAUACGCUCUACGUGGGGCUACCUUUGAAGGUGACUUGGAAACUGCAAUCAAUUCAGAAUUUGGCAGCUAGCCUGGUGACUGGGAGCGGUUGCUGGGACCAUAUAACACCGGUCCUGAGAGAUCUGCAAUGGCUCCCGGUACGUUUCAGAGCACAAUUAAAAGUGUUGGUGCUGACCUUGAAAGCCCUAAACGGCCUCGGUCCUGUAUACCUAAAGGAGCGUCUCCACCCCCAUCGUUCAGCCCAGACACUGAGGUCCAGCUCUGAGGGCCUUCUGGCGGUUCCCUCACUGUGAGAAGCCAAGUUACAGGGAACCAGGCAGAGGGCCUUCUCGGUGGUGGUGCCCGCCCUGUGGAACUCCCUCCCAUCAGAUGUCAAGGAAAUAAAUGGCCUCGGUCCUGGAUACCUGAAGGAGCAUCUCAAACCCCCAUCGCUCAGCCCAGACACAGGGGUCCAGCUCCGAGGGCCUUCUGGCGGUUCCCUCGCUGUAAGAAGUGAGCUUACAGGGAACCAGGCAGAGGGCCUUCUCGGUAGUGGCUCCCGCCCUGUGGAACGCCCUCCCAGCAGAUAUUAAGGCCAUAAACAACUAUUUUACUUUUAAAAGACACCUUAAGGCAGCCCUGUUUAGGUAAGUUUUUAAUGUCUGACUGUAUUGUUUUAGAUAUGUGGUUGGAAGCCGCUCAGAGUGGCUGGGGAGACCCAGUCAGAUGGGAGGGGUAUAAAUAAUCAAUUAUUAUUAUAAUUAUAAUUAUUAUUGUUCACACACACAAACCCACUUCCCAAAAUAAGAAAGGUCAGAUGAAAUAUACCUGCAUCCAGAUGUCACAGAUGCCACAUGAAGUCUGGAGCUUUGAAAAAGGCUUUUGGGUGAGCAAUUGGCCCUAGUUUUCUUGGGGAGGGAUGAGCAGCAACCUGCCCUCCCCAACAAGGGCCUGCAUUCAAAUUCCCACCAAGGCAGAUCCUCACAGUCUCUCCCUGCUCCCCCCCUCCCUUGUCUGUUGGAAAGAAGCAACUCAAGUAUCCUGAACCCGGAACCAUCACUCAUUUUUGAACUUAUUUCAACAUAUAUUUUAAACAGCUCAGUAAUUUAAACAAUCCAAUAACUUAAAUUGCUGGCCAUAGUUAAGAGCCCCUUCAAUUAUUAAAGCUCUUAAUGUUGUUGGUUAUGUAGAUAUAUAUAUACUUAUAUAAAUAUAUAUAUAUAUGUUUUCCCCAAGUCCACUUUUUGGAAUUGUCGGGCCAGCAAUCUCAGAUGAGUGAUUGACGUCUCCGAGCCUACAAACUGCACCGCUUUGCCAAUGCGAGUGGAGAUAACGUCUGCCCGCUCCACAGGGACCGGCCUGACUCUCAGCCCAGGCGAUCCCAAACGAUAUACUUCCAUUCCUACUUUCCCCUGCCUUGUUGCAUGUUUGAGCGAGUAGUGCGGCAGCUAGACUGGUGACUGGGAGCAGCCGCCGAGACCACAUAACACCAGUCUUGAAAGACCUACAUUGGCUCCCAGUACAUUUCCGAGCACAAUUCAAAGUGUUGGUGCUGAACUUUAAAGCCCUAAACGGCCUCAGCCCAGUAUACCUGAAGGAGCGUCUCCACCCCCAUCGUUCUGCCCGGACUCUGAGGUCCAGUGCCGAGGGCCUUCUGGAGGUUCCCUCGCUGCGAGAAGCCAAGUUACAGGGAACCAGGCAGAGGGCCUUCUCGGUGGUGGCACCCGCCCUGUGGAACUCCCUCCCACCAGAUGUCAAAGAGAAAAACUACCAGACUUUUAGAAGACAUCUGAAGGCAGCCCUGUUUAGGGAAGCUUUUAAUGUUUGAUGUAUUAUUGUAUUUUAAUAUUUGGUUGGAAGCCACCCAGAGUGGUUGGGGAAGCCCAGCCAGAUGGGCGGGGUAUAAAUAAUAAAUUAUUAUUAUUAUUACUAUUAUUAUUAUUAUUAUUAUCAUCCUGGCCUCAGCCAUUGUGCAAGGUGGUCCAGGAAUGCAGGAAUGUAGCACCCCCUGGGCAUAGCUGUCAACUUUUCCCUUUUCUUGCGAGGAAUCCUAUUCAGAAUAAGGGAAUUUCCCUUUUAAAAGGGGAAAACGUUGACAGCUAUGGGAUGGUUCUGUUGUCUAAGAGGUGGCUGCUAUAUAAAGGGUGAUGCCUUAGAGACAGACUGAAAAUUAGAUAAGAACAUAGAAGAACCUGCAGGAUCAGGCCAACAGCCCAUCUAGUCCAGCACCCUGUUUUCACAGGGUCCAAGCAAAUGCCUCUUUCUGGGAAACCUGCAAGCAGGAGUUGAGCGCCAUAGUCCUCUCCCCUCCUGUGGUUUCCAGCAACAGAUAUUUGGGAGCAUGCGAGCCAAGCACAGCCAUUGGAGCCAGUAGCCAUCGAUAGCUCUCUUCUCCUCCAUGCAUUUGCCUAAUUCUCUUCUAAAGCCAUCAAGGUCCUCACUGCUUCCUGUGGGAGUGAGUUCCAUAGUUUAACUAUUUGCUGUGCAAAGAACCACAUUCCUUAAAGUACAGGCCUUCAGGUAUCUAAAUUCACAUCUCCUUAGUUCAGGGGUCAGCAAACUUUUUCAGCAGGGGGCCGGUCCACUGUCCCCCAGACCUUGUGGUGGGCCAGACUACCGUAUUUUUCGCUCUAUAAGACGCACCCGACCAUAAGACGCACCUAGUUCUUAGAGGAGGAAAACAAGAAACAAGAAAGCAACGCAAAGCCUCUUGAGCGAAGAGGCAGGAGCUCUCCCGCUGCGCUCAAGAGGCUGCACACCGAUCCCUCUUGCUCUUCUGGCUUCAGGCUUUAGCCUGCAUUCGCUCCAUAAGAUGCACACACAUACUGUUUAGGAGGGGUAAAGUACGUCUUAUAGAGUAUAUAGAGUCUUAUACAGUAUAUUUUGAAGGGGGGGAAACGAACGAAUUCCUAUGCCCCACAAAUAACCCAGAGAUGUAUUUUGAAUAAAAGGACACAUUCUACUCAUGUAAAAACACGCUGAUUCCCGGACCAUCCAUGGACCGGAUUGAGAAGGCAAUUGAGCCGGAUCUGGCCCCCGGGCCUUAGUUUGCCCACCCAUGCCUUAGGAAGUCCAAACGAGUCCUCCUCCCCUUUACUUAGCUUGUCAAGUUGGUGAUUGAGGAAGAUGGCACGACUGAGGUUGUCAGCCCCCUGGGGAAAAAAUUAUUUUUCCAUCUUUGUGACUUUUGUCUUAUUAUGAUUAUUAUUAAUACCCCACCCAUCUGGCUGGGCUUCCCCAGCCACUCUGGGCGGCUUCCAACACAAUAGUAAAAUACAGUAAUGCCUCAAACAUUAAAAGCUUCCCUAAACAGGGCUGCCUUCAGAUGUCUUCUAAAAGUCAGAUAGUUGUUUAUUCCCUUGACAUCUGGCGGGAGGGCGUUACACAGGUCAGGCGCCACCACCGAGAAGGCCCUGUGCCUGGUUCCCUGCAACCUCACUUCUCGCAGAGGGGGAACCACCAGAAGGCCCUCGGAGCUGGACCUCAAAUAGACUUGAUAAGGAUCAAGCUGUCCCUCAGUUCAUAGCCUGUUCCUCUCUUGUGACAUCAAAGUGCUGCUCACAGAGGAAGCAAAGGAAAGAUGCCAUCCAUGAAGGCUUUGAACCCGGCAGCUCUCAGCCUUUGAGUGCUUAGCAGGAGCCCUUCUGAUGAUCCCACUUUCACCAACCAAGCAACAUUAAAAAAAAAUAAUUUAAAAAUAACAUUAACAAACCAAACAGCAUUGAGCCUGGGAACUUACAGUGGUGGGACCUCUUCUUGCUUUCUGCCACAAGGGUGGAAUAGGGAAGUCAUCGCUAGGAAUUGGCAAAUCCAUCAACUUCCAUUUCUUUCUCUCCUUUUUCCUGGCCUUCAGUUCAGUUACCCACAUUUUCACACCCCUUUGCAAUUUUUAAAAAACAUGAUGUUCUCAUGAAAAUUUGUCAGAAUCUUAGUGCAAAUAUUCUCAUAACAUACACAUUUUUGUAGGCCCCGAAUAUGCCCUUCCUUUUUGACGAGCAAUUUCCUUAAUACAAUGUGUUUUGUACAUUGAUUCCACUAAGUUACAUACCGUAUUUUUCGCUCUAUAAGACGCACCAGCCCACAAGACGCACCUAGUUUUUGGAGGAGGAAAACAAGAAAAAAAAUAUUCUGAAUCUCAGAAGCCAGAAGAGCAAGAGGGAUCCCUCUUGCUGUUCUAGCUUCUGGGAUAGCUGCGCAGCCUGCAUUCGCUCCAUAAGACGCACACACAUUUCCCCUUACUUUUUAGGAGGAGAAAAGUGAGUCUUAUAGAGCAAAAAAUACGGUAAUUCAAUGCACACUUUACCCAAGUUUAUGCACCUUUCUACACGUUACUUGGCUGCGGAACAGCAUUGCAAGAUUCAGAUUUUAAACCUGUAAGAGCCGAGUUGGAACAUUCGGCUCCUGCUUCCAGAUAAGAAAGUAAGUGGCAUGUCAGAACUUUCUCUGGUAGUGGAAAUUCAGAUAUUGAAUUUAUCUUGGAUUUAAAGAUGUUCUUCUUCUGCAGCACAAAAUUAAUCCUAAUGCUGCUUACCAGAAGCAACAGGACACACUGAUGGUGCAGUCUGAAGCAGAGAAUCUUCAACUGGCACUUAGCCUUCAAGAAAAAAAACCAGAUGAAAUGAAAUAGAGGGGAAACAGCUCUUCUUUCCCUUGAAGACCCUUCAGUAGAUCUCACUCAGGAUCUGGUGGAUGAAUCUGAAGAGCAAGGCUUUGAUGAUUUUGUCAUGCCCAGGUCUAGAGUUGCCACCUUGUGAAUUAAAUCAGUGAGAGGAAAUUGAAGAACUUCUGGCAUCCCUCUCCAUUGUGGCAGGAAAAACUUGUUCUAGAACUGGAAAAUGAGGGCUACAUGAAAAAGCUCUUAGAAUCUUUUCAUAUGUGUGUUGACUUGGAGAUUCCAAAAUUCAGACAAGAGCAGCUUUCAAAAGAUGGCCGAGUUUGGGUCAUGUACCACUGUGGUCUAAACCACAGAGCCUAGGGCUUGCCGAUCAGAAGGUUGGCGGUUCGAAUCCCCACGACGGGGUGAGCUCCCGUUGCUCGGUCCCUGCUCCUGCCAACCUAGCAGUUCGAAAGCACAUCAAAGUGCAAGUAGAUAAAUAGGUACUGCUCCGGUGGGAAGGUAAACGGUGUUUCCGUGCGCUGCUCUGGUUUCACCAGAAGCGGCUUAGUCCUGCUGGCCACAUGACCCAGAAAAACUGUCUGCGGACAAAUGACAGCUCCCUCGGCCAGUAAAGCGAGAUGAGCGCCGCAACCCCAGAGUCGUUUGUGACUGGACUUAACUGUCAGGGGUCCUUUACCUUUACCUUUACCUUUACCUUUACCUUUACCGGGAGAACGUCUAUCGUGUCUCCUGUUACACACCUUUUCCCGAAAUGGAAAAAUCCCAAAUGCUUUAGCUUUUCUUCUUGGGGAGUGGCUCCAAUAGACCUUAACUUUUUUCCCCCAUUUUUUUAACACCCAAGCAAAACUUGCAAGGCCGGCCGCGGCCACCUUCCCGGCCACGGUGACCGAUUCCGCAAUGCAGGUCUUUCCCUUCCUGAAGGCUUCAUUUGUUUACAUUUGCUUGGUGCUGCGACAGGACAAAGUAAAAAGUUUUAAUAUUCCUGGGCAUGAAUUUUUAAUGCCUGGCUUUAGCCCUCGUGUCAUUACGCGAGCAUUUCAGGGAGUGUGCGCUCCUUUCAGAUAAUGCUCCUUUAAAGGAAAGAGAGAGAGAACCCCUUACCUCUGCUUCCCCCACAGUGGCCAUUAAAUUAUAUACCGGCGCUUCUCCUGUGUAUAACAUCAUGCUGGCGAAGCAACUUCCCCCGCAAGCUGGGACUGCUCUCCGGCCUCCCCCCUCGGCAGCACGCAACUAAUGGCACGCUGAUUAUUGAGGUCAGAGACGCGGCCGCCUCUCAGGAACUUGGUUAUUCAUCUAAAUUAGAUCUUUUUCUGCGGCUGGCACAGCCACUGCCUUCGCCGCUGCCACUGCCACCAGCUUGCCAUCGGCUGAUCAGAGGGACACAGGGGCUGAGAGGGCAGAGGAGAUGGAGGGGGGGGUCGUCCGUGGGAAGCAGGUGGCACAAGGGGGGGCUGGUUGGGUGACUGCAUGGGGUGCUUCUGCAGGCAGCUGGGCCCUCUUCCUGACCACCCUGCUGAGUGCACAGUGGUGCGCCGUCAGUGGACUAGGGGGACUAGUUGUUGCAUGGGACAAGACAGGCUUUGGAGAGAGCUGUUGUUCUGAUUUGUUACGUCACUUCUUGCCCUGCCCUAUCACAUGGGGAACGAUUCAGAAGCAGAAUGCAGAAGGGGAAGGAGCUUUGCAAUGAGUGUUGGCAGGAUUUGGAGGGGAAAGCCAUCAGAUUCUUAAAAAAUAAUAAUCAUCCAUUACUCUUCACAAAACAAGGCGGCGGAAGAGUUGAGCUCAAUCAACUCUUUCCCAUUGAGCCUGGAAAAGAGGAGACUGAGAGGGGAUAUGAUUGUUGUUGUUGUUUAGUCAUUUAGUCAUGUCCGACUCUUCAUGACCCCAUUACUUUGACAUCUGGUGGGAGGGCGUUCCACAGGGUGGGUGCCACCACUGAGAAGGCCCUCUGCCUGGUUCCCUGUAGCUUUGCUUCUCACAGUGAGGGAACCGCCAGAAGGCCCUCGGAGCUGGACCUCAGUGUCCGGGCAGAACAAUGGGGGUGGAGACGCUCCUUCAGGUAUAGGUUAUUAAUCCCUCUUAAAAGAAUAAACAUGCCACAAUCUUAUUUAAGAUAUAUAAAAGUAGUUCACUCACAUCAUCAUAAGUUCACAGAUGGAUCCCUGAAGGCAGACUUAGUUACAAAGGUAUAUCCAUGUGGAUCUACCCCAUGUUGUUGUUUAGUCAUUUAGUCGUGUCUGACUCUUCGUGACCCCAUGGACCAGAGCACGCCAGGCACUCCUGUCUUCCACUGCCUCCUGCAGUUUGGUCAAACUCAUGCUGGUAGCUUCGAGAACACUGUCCCACCAUCUCGUCCUCCGUCGUCCCCUUCUCCUUGUGUUCUCCAUCUUUCCCAAGCAUCAGGGUCUUUUCCGGGGAGUCUUCUCUUCUCAUGAGGUGGCCAAAGUCUUGGAGCCUCAGCUUCACGAUCUGUCCUUCCAGGGAGCACUCAGGGCUGAUUUCCUUCAGAAUGGAGAGGUUUGAACUUCUUGCAGUCCAUGGGACUCUCAAGAGUCUCCUCCAGCACCAGAAUUCAAAAGCAUCAGUUCUUUGGCAAUCAGCCUUCUUUAUGGUCCGGCUCUCACUUCCAUACAUCACUACAGUGGUACCUCAGGUUAAAAACUUAGUUCGUUCUGGAGGUCCAUUCUUAACAUGAAACUGUUCUUAAACUGAGGUGCCACUUUAGCUAAUGGGGCCUCCCACUGCUGCCACGCCACCGGAGCACGAUUUCUGUUCUCAUCCUGAAGCAAAGUUCUUAACCCGAGGUACUAUUUCUGGGUUAGCGGAGUCUGUAACCUGAAGCAUAUGUAAUCUGAAGAAUAUGUAACCCAAGGUACCACUGUACUGGGAAAACCAUAGCUUUAACUAUAUGAACUUUUGUCGGCAAGGUGAUUUUUGGACUAGAUGACCUUUGGGUCCUUUCCAGUUCUAAGAUUCUCGGAUUCUAUAAUGCUCCAGAAUACCACUUUCUGGAGCCGCAGGAAUGGAAAAGGCUCUUGUGCUUGAAUCCUGCUUGCUAGUUUUCCCCAGGCAUCUGACUGGCCAUUGUGAUAACAGGAUGCUGGACUAUAUAGGCCACUGGCCUGAUUCAGAAGGCUAUUCUUAAGUUCUCAUGUCCUUAUCUGUCUCACCUGUCUGCUGGUUUAUGAUCAAUCAAUUACUCCUGGCCCUCCCUCGUGGUUUUCCAAUAACACACCUGGAGGGGCCAUAUAUCAUUAGUUUGUUCUGAGCAUCUGUGACUGAUUAUUAGCAAUAAGCGCAGAUUAAUAGCAUCUGUGGGCAUCAUUAGGUAAACAGAUUGCAUUAAAUGGGUGCAUGAAAAAUAAAUGCAAAAGUAAAUCAAGGUGUCACACAAUUAGUGACAGAAUGAGAUCUCGGGGGGGGGGGGGGCUUUCAAUCAUAUUCUCCCCAGUGGCAAUCCACACAGUGAGGCUGACGUGAUCCAGGAUGCGGUCAGAAAUUUUGCAAGGGUUCCUGAAGAGUUGAACCCUCCAAGACAGCCUACCUUGCUGAUGGAGCCACAUGCCCAUCCCAAAGUUAUUCCGAAUGUUCAGCCUCCUUUCUUACCAUUUGAAUCCAUUGUUUCGGGUCCCGCCAUCUGGAGCUGUGGAAAAGUGCUCCAUCUUCCAUGUGGCAGCCCUCCAGAUAUUUGGAUAUGGCUAUCCUAUCGCCUCAACUGUUCCUCAUAAGGCAGGGGUCAGCAACCAUUUUCAGCCAUGGGCCGGUCCACCGUCCCUCAGACCAUGUGAUGGGCCAGACUAUAUUUUUUUGGGGGGGGGAAUGAACAAAUUCCUAGGUAAAGGUAAAGGGACCCCUGACCAUUAGGUCCAGUUGUGGCCGACUCUGGGGUUGCGGCGCUCAUCUCACUUUACUGGCCGAGGGAGCCAGCGUACAGCUUCCGGGUCAUGUGGCCAGCAUGACUAAGCCACUUCUGGCGAACCAGAGCAGCGCACAGAAACGCCGUUUACCUUCCCGCCAGAGUGGUACCUAUUUAUCUACUUGCACUGGCAUGCUUUUGAACUGCUAGGUUGGCAGGAGCAGGGACCAAGCAACGGGAGCUCACCCCGUUGCGGGGAUUCGAACCGCCGACCUUCGGAUCGGCAAGCCCAAGAGGCUCAGUGGUUUAACCCACAGCAAAACUCCUAUUCCCCUCAGAGAGCUACAGUUCUCAUAAUAGUUUAGCAGUCAAUCCCUCUUCCCAGGGGACUCUGCGUAUUGUUGCUUUGGGCAGGGAACAGGGGGUCUCCUGACAACAAAACCGUGGAGACUCAGUGGGGAGGAACUGAGGAGGACUGAAUUUGAACUCGAAUUUGAACAAGAGUUUAGCUCCCAUGUGUGUUUUGAUUUCCAGGACUUAGUGUGUGGAAAUAAAGAAAGGGUACCUUUGAUCAUGGGCAGAGUGCCCUUCAUAAAUGCAGGCAGCUCCUCCUCACAAAUACGGAUAUGGGUUUCCUUUCUCAGUGUGGGGUUCAUGCAAACUUGAACCCUUCCAGAACACCGAUCUUAGAAAAUUAAACAAGGGACGGGGAUGGGCAAGAUGACCCUUUAGGGUAUCAACUCAACAAUUCUGUGAUUCUAAAAGUUCCUGGGAGGGUCUGUCAGUGGCUGCCGGCCUCACGGCUCCCUUCAGACAGCCUGAUCUGGGGAACAACAUCAGCCUUACCUACCAAAGCAAGGAAGGACUCUCUGUGUAAAAAUAACAGAUAAAUCAAGUGUCAAAGAGGGUGGACCAUGGCAGAUUCUUUCACACAAGUUUAUUUAUCACUGUUUUCUCUCUGGGAUGCUGACAGGCAUGUUGGGGGGGGGAGGGGGGGCAAUUACAGCGCCUCGCUUGAUGGAUGAGGCUUGUGGAGGGAAGCAGUUCUUCCUGCAUCUUUUAAAAAAUGGUCCCACGGGGAGUGGCUGGAGGCUCGGGGAAGAAGCCCCCGGCUAGCCUCAGGGCCAACGCACAGGAUGAUCAGCAUGGAAGGGGGCCAAGAGGCGGCCAGAGAAGCCAGCCGUCGCCUCCCUGCUUGGCUCUCCGCAAUCCACACUACAUCACGAUGAAAGCGGAGUGAAGGCACACAGGGGGAAAAGGUCAACCGCCAAAGAAAAAUGACCCCAGGUGUCUCAAAUAAGUGAGCCAAGCUUCAUUGUGCACAAAACAAAUGAAAUAUCCUCAGAGUCGAGAGUGGAUUUCAUGGUCUUCAUUCAGCUCAUAGUGGUGAGGAGGAAUGGAAGUUCCCCCAGAAUGUCUGCUUUAUAUACAUUAUUUACACAAUGGGCCCCACAUGAUUGGCUAUUUCCGGGAUUCUCCUGUAGGCCAAUCAGGUUGCGGAUUCACUUCCACCUGGAGCUGGAUUGGGUGGCUCUUGUGGACCGAUCAGACUGCUGCAUUCUGUAUCCUAUUGUUCUAGGACCAAUAAGACUGCUGCAUUCUGAAUCCUAUUGUUCUAGGACCAAUAAGACUGCUGCAUUCUGAAUCCUAUUGUUUUAGGACCAAUCAGACUGCCGCAUUCUGAAUCCUAUCGUUCUAGGACCAAUCAGACUGCUGCAUUCUGGAUUCUAUUCACUCAGUACAUAACAAAGAACCACCCAGGAACACUGGUUGCAGGUAGAUAAAUCAUCAAUAUUGGUUUUCCUCCAUUUCUCAUUUUUUCCCAACCUUAAAUUCAGUUUUCUCCAUACUUUUGCCAUUAUUUUAAGUCUGCAUGCAGAUUCGCAGGCAUUUGAAUGCUCCUUCCUUCCUUCCAUACAAUCUGAGAGUACAAAGAAAAAAACCCCUCAAAGUGUUUUAUGAAAUGAAUCAAACGGUCAGUAAAAACAGUUUAAAACAUUCAAGCAAAAUCAACAAUAAGCUAAAAACCGAUCAAAACACAUGUAAACUUUCUAAAUUUCCACAUUUGCUCUUUCACUAAUAGAUGCGCUUUGGAGCACAUUCUCUGGUGGGAAAAAGGCAUCGCGAAAUUUUGACAUUUCAGAAAAGGGCUCUGCUCCACCUCACUCAUUGGCACCAGACACACAGAUUUGGUAGGUUCCCAACAUGAAAGCUCAGUAGUAAAUCCUACACAAAUCCAGAGUGGAGUCCCUAAGAUGGUUGGCUGGAGCCUUGUAUGUGUCAGGAGUUCAGCCUACACUCGAGUAGGACCCUGGCAGAGACACAUGCCCAACUGGCAUGUUCCUCCCUCCUGGUCGAUUGUUCGGGAGCUUCAUAAGCUUUCUUCUGCCCGAACAUCACAGCGACCAAUGCCAACAGACAUUGGCACACUUAGGGAUCCGCAGAGUUUGCGCAGCAGGCGUGUGACAGACCUCAGCAACUCAGCAUUUUGGCUAAUCUACUUUAUUUACAUAUAAACAUACACGGAGCACUGCAACAUGGCUCCCUCUCUCUCUAGCAUCAGACAGCAAAGAGAAAAAGGACAAUAGUCCCACUUCACGAAACACAGUAACACGAACAUCCUGUCUCCGUCACUUCCCACUCUGUGGAGUCAAAACAUACACCGUCGUGUGAAAGACAAAAAUCCCAUGACUGUAAUCACGGAGCAGGAAUUCUAACAGUACGCCUCUGUCCAGCAACUCCUGCAGCCCAGCUGGUGCCAAACGUAAUGCUCUGAUUUUCUUUGGACCACAGCAAGGCUUAGAGGUGGGUCUAGUCAUCUGAGCAGCCCAAGACCUCCAUACACACUGCCCUGGCUUGCAUCUCUGGGAAGUCACGUCAGGGCUGCUAAGGCAGCAGUUUGGCUUCACUCCCAGAGGAGCACUCCACUGUCUCUUGAGACAGACAUAUGCCAACAGAUCAGCCUUGUCUGCACCCUAGUUUUCAAAGGAACCAGAAGGUCUUAGACCAGCGGUUCUCCAGCUGUGGGUCCCCAGAUGUUGUCAGACUACAACUCCCAUCAUCCCUGAGCUCUGGCCUUGCUAGCUAGGGGUGAUGGGAGUUGUAGUUCAACAACAUCUGGGGACCCACAGGUUGAGAAAGGCUGUAGGCAAACUAAGGCCCGGGGGCCAGAUCCGGCCCAAUCACCUUCUAAAUCCGGUCUGUGGACGGUCUGGGAAUCAGCGUGUUUUUUCAUGAGUGGAAUGUGUCCUUUUAUUUAAAAUGCAUCUCUGAGUUAUUUUUGGGGCCUGCCUGGUGUUUUUACAAGAGUAGAAUGUGUCCUUUUCUUUAAAAAUGCAUCUCUGGGUUAUUUGUGGGACCUGCCUGGUGUUUUUACAUGAGUAGAAUGUGUGCUUUUAUUUAAGAUGCAUCUUUGGGUUACAAUGGAAGAGGAGCAGGAAGAAGCAGAAGCAGUGAAGAGACAGCUGAUAGACUCGGUGUCUUUAGAAAGCAUUCCAGACCCCCCCUUUUCCCAGAACCCGGCGGGCAUUGAAAGUAGGAGAGUAGAGAACUUAGAGGCAGAAGGCACAGAUCAGCCACCAUAGGGAUGGCAUAUAAUGGGAGAGAAGGGGGAGGUGGGGUUUCACUCAAAGCAACGCCAUUACUCUAAGAGGCAGCAUUUCUCAGCCUCUCUCUGUGAAUAUUGAAUAAAAGACAUUGGUAAGAACUCUCCCUGGUUGUCUGUUCCUGGCAGCCUAUGGGCAGGGGGUAGGAUUCUCUGAAGCCGACACAGCAGGAGGAGAGCUCUCUUGCACAGAAGUACUGUUUCUGGGGGACAGGAGGCAGGCAGGUGUGGAGGGCUCCCUGGUCCUGAAUGGGGCAACUGUGCCCCUGAAGGACCAGGUGCGCAGCCUGGGAGUCAUGUUGGACUCACAGCUGUCCAUGGAGGUGCAGGUCCAUUCUGUGUCCAGGGCAGCGGUCUACCAGCUCCAUCUGGUACGCAGGAUGAGACCCUACCUGCCCGCAGACUGUCUAGCCAGAGCACUGCUGGCUUUGGUUAUCUCCUGCUUAGACUACUGCAAUGCAUUCUACAUGGGGCUACCUUUGAAGGUGAUCCGGAAACUGCAACUAAUCCAGAAUGCGGCAGCUAGACUACCGGUCUUGAAAGACCUACAUUGGCUCCCAGUACAUUUCCGAGCACAAUUCAAAGUGUUGGUGUUGACCUUUAAUGCCCUAAACAGCCUCGGUCCAGUAUACCUGAAGGAGCAUCUCCACCCCCAUCGUUCUACCUGGACGCUGAGGUCCAGCGCCGAGGGCCUUCUGGCGGUUCCCUCGCUGCGAGAAGCCAAGUUACAGGGAACCAGGCAGAGGACCUUCUCGGUGGUGGCACCUGCCCUGUGGAACGGCCUCCCACUAGAUGUCAAAGAGAAAAAUAACUACCAAACUUUUAGGAGACAUCUGAAGGCAGCCCUGUUUAGGGAAGGUUUUAAUAUUUAAUAGGUUGUUGUAUUUUAAUAUUCUGUUGGAAGCCACCCAGAGUGGCUGGGGAAACCCAGCCAGAUGGGCGGGGUAUAAAUAAUAAAUUAUUAUUAUUAUCCAGUCCUGCUUGCAGGUUGCCAUUUGAGGUAUGUGGUUGGCCACUGUGAGAAUAGGAUGCUGGACUAGGUGGACAUGGGGCUGUUCCAGCAAGCUUGUCUCUGUUCUUAUGGGGUUGCUUGCCCGUGGAAGGAGCAGGCUGGCAAACCGACAGGUUUGCAGUAGGAACGUUUGUAACACUGCAACAGUGAAUUCCACCCCAAGACACACAAAAAACAAAGGAGCAGUACAAACUCUUAUUCCAAAUCAGCCUGAUUGCCCUUAAUUAUUGAUACAUACAAAAGGAUGCAAUUAUUUGUGAUUGGCACACACUGCAUAUUAAUAAUGACAACGAUGAUGAUAAUAAUAAAACAAUUUAUAUGCCACCUUUCAUUUCAAGAAGAAAUACAAAGGCUUUAAUUAUCCCAAGCAAGUGUUCUAUAUUUGCAAAUAUCUGUAAUUAAGCUGUUGUUUCAUAUGAUAAAUGAACAGCAUCCAGGGUUGUUCUGAUGUUUCUUUCUUUUGCCUUCCUUCAUGCAGAUGAACAAUGAAAUGUUCUCUUUUGCAGAUCUGUUCCUUGAGCGCAGGAGCCGCACACAGCCUCCAGUCAGGGCCUAUAGCUAUGCUUUCUGUUCUUACCUUAUACUUCCUACCUUAUCCAUUUGA